GCGCGCAACCUCCUCCUGCCUUCCUGCCCGCCCGCUUCCCUUUUUCUUCGUCAGUCGGGCGCGUCCCCGGCGCUCCUGGAGCCGCCUCCCCUUCUCCUCCGCCGCCUCGACAGUCGGUGGCCAAGCCGGGGAAGGAGCGGCCUGGCGGAAGGGACACGCCUUAGCCGCCCUCCGUCCCUCCCUCAGCCGGAGCCGCCGCCGUUGCCCCUCUUCUCCGCCGCCGCCGCCCCCAUGUCGGCCCCGCUGAAGAAGGGCCCCGGCGGGCUGAUCGGGCUCAUGAAGGACGCCUUCCAGCCGCACCACCACCACCUGGGCCCCCACCAGCCCGGCACCGUGGACAAGAAGAUGGUCGAGAAGUGCUGGAAGCUCAUGGACAAGGUGCGAGGUCGGGGGGGCUGGGGCGUGGCCGCGGAGGGGGCAGAAAGUGGGGCGAGGCUGGAAGGGGGUGCAGAGGCAGAGAGGGGUCGUGGGGGCAGGGCGGGGACAUGGGGAGGGGUCGCGGGCGCUGACGACGGUAGCAUUGCCAUCCUCCUCCUCCUCCUCUCCAUGUACCGUUGGAUUCCAGGUUUCCUUGCGACGCGAUCCUGUGCUACGCAAGAGUAGGUGUGUUUCUUCACUCUGAUUCACUCUGUCCUGAGGAAUUGCGAGGGCAGGCAAUCGAUUGCUAACAGCUCGGUCUGGGGGGGAAAAGCCGCUUUAUUAGCAUACUAAUACUAAUACUAAUACUAAUAAAUAAAUGCGAGUUCAGCUGCAAAAACUGGGAUGGCUCAGUCAAAGUUCAGGAACAGUUAAAGGGUUAGCGUCACUGUCAGCGUCUUUUAUGAAGGGCCUAAUAUGUGCUGAUCCCUAUACAAAAAUAAUAAAGCGCAAGUCCCUUCCUGUAGGCUCAAUCUCUCCAUUUCACCUCAUCAAGGCCUUGUGGGAGGUUCAUUGACCAUUUGUAAUGUGGGACUGCUUUCCGGUGUGGGUUAUUGUCUUGUUAAAAAAUUUUUUAACAGCACUUAGUCAUAUUAGGCAUUUUAUAGGUAAUAGAUGUGAUGGGACAAUAAUUGUAAAUCACUCCAGAGCAAAGAGAUUUUAUAGUCUAUUUUGCAGCUGUCCAUUGGAGAAGAAGGGUGAGGCUGGAUAGAUCCAGGCCGGCUGACCUGGGAAAAUUAGGAGCUGAGGGGCCGAAGUGGAAGUGAUGGGCCAGAAUGAGAGCAGUGAGGCAGGUAGGGCUGGAGAGAGGUGCUUAGUGUUGGCUUAGUGCUGGCAUCAGAAGUAAAAUUUAGCAGCUGCCAUUUGAUAAAAUGUUUGAGGUGACAUACAGCAUACUUAUUGCAUAUGUACAGUGGUGCCUCGGAUUAAGAACUUAAUUCGUUCUGGAGGUCCUUUAUUAACCUGAAACUGUUCCAAACCUAAGGUACCACUUUAGGUAAUGGGGCUGCUGCUGUGCCACCACCGCACAAUUUCUGUGCUCAUCCUGAAGCAAAGUUCUUAACCCGAGGUAUUAUUUCUGGGUUAGCAGAGUCUGUAACCUGAAGCGUCUGUAAUCUGAGGUACCACUGUAUUGCUAUCAGCAUACUUCAGCUCAUUACAAAGUGAUGCAAGCCAUGGUCCUUGAGGAGUUGAGUCUUUAUUUAGUGUAAAGCAGGGGGAGAAAUUGGAGAGGGGUGAGGGAGAGGCAAAAGUAACAUGGAAUGAAUGCAAGCAAGUGGGCAAAUCCAGUUGGAGCAGGCGUUUUCUGCUAGCUGACGAAAAGGACUGGAGCUGGGUAGACUAAGGUAGUGCAUGGCUUGACCUGUGGAGAGGGAGAUGUGAUGUGGAAGGGGUUGUAAGGGCACCAGUGGUUGAAUUGAGCAACAGGGAGUUGGAGGGUAGUUUUGAGAUUGCAUGCUGAGUUGGAGGAAGAAGUUGAAGAAGGGCCUGCUGUAGAGGGCUUAGAUUGAUGCUCAAGGCAAAGGAUUGAUGGAAUAGGAAGUGGCUGAGCUUGAGCUGGGAAAUGGAUUUGGAAGGCUGAAGGACCAUGGGGAAUAGGUAGGAUGGAUCAUUUAGGAGCAUAAAAUGAUUGGCUCCGUUAAAGCAGCUCAAGUUCUAGCUCUCUAUAGCCUUUUCCCAUGUUAUUUCCCCUAUUUUAAUGAAAUCAUCACAGAAGUUUGCUCAGACUUCCUGAUUAAAGGUUUCAAAAUAACAGUUCCCAUUCACGGGAUAGCAACUAUGUUUGCUGACCUUAGUGUUCUUUUUUAGGAGAAAUGUGCCUAAAGGGUGAAGGACGGGAGCAGUAGAGGAACAGGACCUUCCUGCGUAUGUUCUUGGGCAAUGUGCUGUGAAAGGGUAGACUUUCCCAUUUGCUUCUGGGCCUGCUCUGAACCCUCAUGAAGGCAUGUUUAGAGUGCUACAAAGCUCAAACCGUUUGCUAGACAGGAAGUUGUUUAUUGUGAGAUCAUGGUUCAGAGCAGUAGAGUAGCACAAAUGAAAGCUUUGCAGUCUUGCAAGCCUUCAUAAUCCUACUUUGGAAGCAUGCACUUGUGCUAAACUAUGGGAAACUGGAGCUUUAAGGGAUGCUCCAGCUUUUGUAGGAUUUAGACCAGCCUCUGUGUUCUUGAUCUUUCCAGUAUAAUCCAUCAAUUCAUUUGACUGUGUUCUAUUGAUUUGUCAGGUAGUCAUUACUGCUGGACUCUGGAUUCUGGUGUAGUUUGACAAGUGUGCCAUUAAGUUGUGGUAGAUGGAAAAUACAGAUAAAAAUAACGUUAAAUAUUUAAUAAUCUUUUUAUCAAGUGGAUGUGGUAUUCCAGCUCGUGUGAUCAAGAUGGCUGAUAAAACGGAAGUUGCAUUAAUAAGUUGCAUUAGUUUUAACACAAAGGGCAUGCUCACAAGUUAGCAUAUUGCAUGGUCCUGAGUACUCAAAUAGUCAAGUUUUAUGAAACCACUAGUGACUUUUGGGGAGGAUGUAAAUUUAUAAAAUUAUGCCUGGCAUGGAGAAAGUGAUGUUUGCUCCCUCUUUCUUAAUAUUAGAACCUGGGGUUAUCCAGUGAAGAUGAAUGGCAGGAGGUCCAAGUACAAAUGCAAGUAUUUUUUCAUAGACAAAUUCCUGGAGGAUAUGACUGUCAAUGCCUGCUGGUCAUGGUGGCUUUAUGCCAUCAACAGAAUCAGAGGCUGUUGAACACCAACAGGAGAGGGCUUUUGACCUGCUUUUGAUUCUCAUAAAGACAUCUGGUUGGCCACUUUAGGAAAUAGGAUGCUAGACUUGAUUAGUCUGAUCUAGAAGGGCUCUUCUUAUGUUCUUGCAAUAUGGUACUGUCUCACAGAUAUGCCUGAGCUAAAUAAGCCUUAUUUUGCUGCCAGAGUGGAAAUAUUAAGUUUAUAUAGAUUUGAGCUAUAAAUGAAUUGAAAACUAGAUACUUUUCAAUACAUUGUAUUGGUGAGCUAAGAAUAAAUAUAUUUGGAAGCCUGUCGUAAAUUACUUCAGAAUAUGUUGUCGUUUACUCUUUCCUCCAGGAAAAUGAUAUUCAUUGCUGUGUAGAUCCCAUCAUAACUGCUUUUGAAGCAUAUAGCUACCACCUCUUCUUUUCCACACAACAGUUAUAUAUAGCCUGGUUAAUGGCUUUCUUUGGGUCCAUCCAGAAAAGGAAGUGGGCAGUGCAUAGAAUUCUAGAGGUGGAGGAGCUCAGGAGGACAACUAGAAAAUUCUCAAACAGGAAUGGGCAUGUGUCAGAAGCGAUCUGAAUACAAUCACUCAAGCAUUUUUAUGGUGUUAUAUAGGAUUUAUCUCAAGAUGCAAUCUAUGCCUGCUGUACCAGUAGCAGUCCUACUGCGCUCCGUAUGCCUAGAACUGCUGUCUUGAUUUAGCUCAGUGGCUUAUGGGAAAAAGAAGAGUUGCACACCCCAGUUCCUGUCCCUGUUCCCCUGUCCAAGAUCAAGCAGUGAUCUUUGCACCCAAUGCAGAGAGGCAAAACUGAUUUGCAAAGUCUACAAUUGAGUUUUAAGGAAAUUUCUUCCUUUACAGAAUGUGUGACACUAUCAGCUGCUUAUGAUUUGCCUAAGUGUUGAAAUCUGGGAGUUAACUGACCUGCACUGGUAACAGAUUUUGAGCAAUGAAUCUCUGAUGCAGGAAUUCUGCCUUCUAAUGAAGGUAAAGGUGAAAUGAACUGGGCCAGUAACAUAUUGAUGAAAACUUCAAAUGUUGCCUUUUGGUGAAUGUAAACUGACUACCUAAAUGUACCAGUACUUUGAACCAGUUGUAUUUUAAUAUAUAUACAGUAUAUUGUUUUAUUAAUUUCUAACCAUUUAUAUAUUGCAUAUUAUUAGUAGGAGUAUUUUGGUAUAUAUUAAUGUAAAUACAUAUUUUGGUCAACAUUGUUCCUCAAUACUGUGUUAGUGUGUAUAUUAUUAUUAUUAUUAUUAUUUGGUUGAUAUGAUUGUCAAAACAGUAAUAAAUGAUGACAUAGCUGCUUAUAGAGAAUCCUGAUCACCUUGUGACAGAUGCUUAAAAUUAAUUCCUAACAAACACUGUAAUCGGGAUACAUGCUAUCUUCAUUUCUGCAUAAGUAAAUACAGUUUUCUGAUGAAAAUCUUAAUGCUUACAUAGACUAAAGAAGAGGAAUUUGUUCAGCAGUGCAAAUGAUAGUCACCACAGCUGCUUUGCAUUGCUUAAUAAAAAAUGGGAAGUGUGACUGGCAGAUUGACAAUUCCCUUUUUGCUAGUUGAGUUUUUCCAUCAAGCUGGGGUGACCAAGAGAUAUUGUUGGUUAACCCUAGGUAUGGCACAGAGCUGACAUGUUUCAGAAUGUUAUUCAUAAGCACAUGCGUUGGAGAAAUGUAGCUUGCAGACUCUAGGAUUCCCCUAGGAAGAAAACUUCAAAAGGGGGAACAGUGAGAUGAAGGCUAUGUUUAUGCCAUAAAUUAGCCGUAAUCUGAUUUUGAUCCAGUUCAGCUGUUGUGGCUUCCUCAUGGAAACUUGGGAAAUGUAGUUCUGGAAGGCAGAAAGGAUAAUUCUGUUAGAAGUUCCUAGUCUUUUCCCAUAACAUCUGUUCUGAAGAUUCCUUAUGAGAAGUCCUGACAUGUGCUGGGCUCUGACCAGCCCACAUAUUAAACAUCAAGAGGCUAGGAGAAUGCUUGAACUUCCUACUUGUAUUUCCUAGCAGUGGGUUUGUCUUCCAACCCAUCACUCAUUCAAGUCAUUUUCAGUAUGCUUGUGUUUUUCUUUCCUACAAUUUGUUUGCGUUUAGAGUACUGAGGACUGUUGAGGUUACACUCUCUUUCUUUUCUCUAUUGCUUUCAUUGGAAGUUUAGCUCGAAGGAUGUUGCAGUCCUACUUCCUGUCCUUUACUUUGAUCUGCUUACCUCCAAACCUGCUGUAGAUGUUGCUGGUGACAGCUGAGCUUUCAGUCUCUGUUUUGCCCUAGUUACGCUUGAGAUUAAUUUGGUGGAGGGUGGGUUCUUGUCUGUAAUUUGUAUACAAACCCUUUUAUAAUUAAUUUUAUAUUCCAUUUCACAGGCUCAGUGGAAUGGCAAGCUUGUUAAAUUGUCUUUUUUAAAAAAUCCUAAGGUUACAAUGUGAAUCACAUGCGGUAGAGAGCCAGUGUGGUGUAGUGGUUAAGAGCAGUAGACUCUUAAUCUGGGGAACCGGGUUCGCGUCUCAGCUCCUCCACAUGCAGCUGCUGGGUGACCUUGGGCCAGUCACACUUCUUUGAAGUCUCUCAGCCCCACUCACCUCACAGAGUGUUUGUUGUGGGGAAGGAAGGGAAAGGAGAACGUUAGCCGCUUUGAGACUCCUUAAAGGGAGUGAAAGGCGGGAUAUCAAAUCCAAACUCCUCCUCCUCCUCCUCCUCCUCCUCCUCCUUCUUCUUCUAGGGACAAAGUAUCCAUUGGACUUCAAGUACUGUAAAUAUGUUUAAGAUGAGGUACAAGUAUUUUAACACCAUUGUAUUACACCAUGUACAAGUAUUGUGUGAUAUUCUUUCUAGUACUUCAGGUUUUUACCUUCUGAAAAUGUAGAUGCAGAUAGGCCAGUGGAUUUCUACAUUCUUGAAUGAAAACAUAUUCAUGUUCCAUUCCGUAAAUACCAUCAGAGAUCUGACCAAAUUAUGCUGAUAAUUGAGACAAUACUUUAUAGUGCACUUUAGUUAUGUUGUUUCUUUAGGUAUUAGUCAUUUUUACAUGGUAUUCCUUAAUGUGAUCUAGCAGUUACUGAUGGCAAUCAACUAAAACUGUUUGCUACAGCCAGUAGUCAGUUUAAAUAUUAGAACAUCCAUGUGGAAGUAGACAAAAUUUUUACAUGUAUUUGUGCAUCACAUGGUGGCGAUAACAUGUUUUAGACUGCAAAGUGAGAUGUUUUUCUAUCUUAAGAAACUCUGUAAAGUGUGAGAUACACUGGUAUUAAUGUGUAUUAAUGGGGAAAGCUCCUUAAUCCCUCACUUCAGUCACUGUGCAUAUAGUGCCUUGCACAUCUGUCCUGCAUACUUCUAUGUUGGUGAGCUUUCACUAUGUUUGGGGGCUAGUACAAGAGGUGAAAGGUUUUUUAGAUGUUUCCACUGUGUGUCAUGCUGACAUGGGUCAGGCCUCCAUGUGAGGUGCAGAUUCUGUCAUAACUCUGAGCCUCUUGAUUAAAUGCUUUGUUGUACUUUUCCUGCCUGAAUAGUAUUCAAGUCAUUAUCUUUAUUCUGCCUGUAGCUAUCCUAUAUAUUUUCCUAAGAUAAUGUCAGGGGAAAUGUUUUCCUUGGCUUGAUCAUGCUUCUAGUUUGCCUGCAUUAUGUGUGGCGAUUAAAUAACAUUUUUUAGAGUAUAAAAUGUGAACAGGAAAUACAUAGUUCCAUAUUUUGGCUGCAGGUGAUAUAUUUUAACUUAAUGAUGCUGUUUAUAAUUAGGAGUUGAAACAUAAAUUACAGUCGAAUAAAGCAGAAGUGUAGCACAUGUCGGUAUUUGGGGAAAAAACCUGUAGAAAGUCUGGGAGGUUUUGAACUGGAAAGGAGGAAAGACUACAUAAUAAGCUGUUGCAGAAGAAUGAUCUGAGCUUAGACAAUGAAUACUUACGUGGGUGUGCAGCAAGCGUUUCCAUUGGCAUGUUAAAUACCUUGAAGGGGGCAUAAUCAGGUAGUUUAUUUGCUAAGAAUUCAAUGAAGAAUAGUUACCAACAGGGAAGCAGCAAAGUGGUGUGCCUAUUGUGAUAAAACCUAAUGGCGAGUGCCUUUUUCCUGAGCAGGAAACAUUCCCAAACUGCCUGUUUUUGGUUCUGUGGAGAGUGUUUUUUUUUUAAAUAAUAGCCAAUAACUGGAGGAAGGUGUUCUAGUUACAGGUAGGUAGCCGUGUUGGUCUGCCGUACUUGAAACAAAAUAAAAAUAUUCCUUCCAGUAGCACCUUAGAGACCAACUAAGUUUGUUAUUGGUAUGGCCAACUUAGUUGGUCUCUAUGGUGCUACUGGAAAGAAUAUUUUUAUUUUGUUUGGGGAAAAGUGGUCCAUUGUAUUGCCCCUUAGACACUAACCAGUUCAGUGUGGCAUGGUCAUUUAUAGCAAAGAGGCUGAUUCAUUAGAUGCAUGUGAUGCAUUAGAUGCAUACGAUUGGACCAAGAAGGCCAUAGGUAUGUGAACUGAGGAACAAGAAGGUCCCUCUACCAGUGCAUUUGAUAGCAUGAACCUAUGAAAGCUCCUUCCAGAUCAGGGGUCAGCAACCCGCGGCUCCGGAGCUGCAUGUGACUCUUUUACACCUUUGCCGCGGCUCCGGGGCGGAUACUAGCGAGGGGAGGAGGCGCAUUGUGCGCCCCGACACUCCCCACUGUGGCGGGCGCUGUACUGGCUGUGACGUCGCAUGGGGGCGGUGCGUGCGUUAGUCACGCACCGUCCCGACGUCACCUUCCCGUCCGCUGUCAGAUCACGGCUCCAGAGAUAUAUUUGUUUUAAAUGUCGCAAUGGUUUUGCGGCUCCCAGGUUUUUUUUCUUCGGAAACGGGUCCAAGUGGCUCUUUUUGUCUUAAAGCUUGCAGACCCCUGUUCCAGAUAAACAAAGUAGCUGUAAAAGUUCUGUUACAAUUUGCUGAUAUAAGCUAGAAUGGUUUAUUCUUUUCAAAAUAGAUCCCCAACUUUAAGUUAUGGUUUGUAAACAAGUUCUUGUAAUUCAUCUGUUUGUUGUGCCUUAUUAAACAUUAAAUUAGCAACUUGAGGUUGUUUAUAGUCAUGUAAAAAUAAACUGGGGUGAGGUGGGGAACCCAGAGUGCCUUUCCGUUUUGUGUAUUUUUGCCCUGCACACUAGGCAUAAAAUUAGUUUUGCUGUUUCCCCUUUUUUGUUUGGUUUCCUUAAACUAUUGGGUAAGAACUUGUGGGUAUUUGUCUUUCUCUUUCUCUCCCUAUCUUUGUUCAUCAGACAAAAAGAGCUAUGUUGUCAGCCUAGGAAAGGUUUUCAAAAUCUGAUACAGUGGUGCCUCGCAAGACGAAAUUAAUCCGUUCCGCAAGAGUCUUCGUCUAGCGGUUUUUUCGUCUUGCGAAGCAAGCCCAUUGACGGAUUAGCGCUAUUAGCGCUAUCAGCUGUUUAGCGGCUAUUAAAGGCUUAAAGGCUUAAUUAGCUGCUAAAAGGCUAUUAAAGGCUAUUAAAGGCUUAGCAGAUUAGAUAAAGGGGGAAGCGAAAAAAAUCUCAAGACUCGCAAGGUAUUUUCGUCUUGCGAAGCAAGCCCAUAGGGGAAUUCGUCCUGCGAAGCAACUUCAAAACGGAAAACCCUUUCGUCUAGCGGUUUUUCCGUCUUGCGAGGCAUUCGUCUUGCGGGGCACCACUGUAUUGCCAGAUUUUUAAAACUUAUUAUUUUCAUCUUGAAUCUAGCCCUAUAUAGAUUCUAGUAACUAUAUUUGUUACUUUUCCUUCCUGCUGAACAAUUAAAAGCCUGCCUUGGACAUUUGGGGGAAGGUAGGAUAAAUUCUCACAAAUAAUCAUGGGAAAACCCCUUGAAAUGGUCACAAAGUACUUGCCUACACCAUAAUUGCUUCUUUUAAAUAUGUUCACACUUGAUGUGAAGAGUUAGCAGACUAUGGCCAAGGAACAAAUGGCUUCAAAAGACAGCUAAGGAGCCAAAGAGGGAGAAUGAAUGCAGUGUGUGCUAAUUUGCUGGUACGCUGCUGAUUUCCCAGAGCUGUGAACAUUGCAUCUGGCAGUAGUUGUGUUCUGCAAGGGCACACGAAGGGAGCUAAGUUGAAGACAGGUUUUUGUUAUGUUUUGUUCAAGGGAGGAUCAAGUCAUACAUUCUGGUCUGGUUCAGACAUAAUGCUGAGGCUUAGCUUAGGAUUGAUUGAUUGAACAAGCUGCAGGGAACUUUGGGCUCCCCUUUGCUUCUGUCUAUCUCUUCCAGCAUGGUGAUGAGGAGCAGUUUGGAAGUUUUCACUUCAAUUUUAGCAGUGCUUUAAAACAAUAAGAAAGAAAAAGAAAAAAGGUGUUGGUAUUCAGCAUGAAGUUACUGUAGUAAGUGCCACACUCAAGAUUUGGGGAUGUGGGGAAGGUUCCUCACUUUAAAUAACAGAAUUCCAUGCUGCACCAUAAACUGAUUUGGAAACUCCUCAGGAUUUCAGAAGCUCCUUCAGAAGAACAACAUAUGAAUUAUACCAGCAUGGGAGUGGGACCAUGCUAAGUAGCCUCACUCCCAGGAUUGCACACUGUGUAGCCAUGACAUUCAUACACAUAUUGAAAACAUCUGCAGAGUUGAGCUUUCACACCUGCAGCUGUGUACGUGGAGCCUUACCCAUAGUCUGGAAGCCCUAAUUUUUUGGGCUUGCCGAUCCCAUGAACUCCAUGGAGGACAUCACUUGUACACAGCUGUACACUCCAAGGUUCUCUUGUUGCACACAUUUGUGCUGUAUACAGAAAUUCUUGGGCAGGGAGCUACUUGGAGUGUGUAGCAUCAAGCGGGGAGCUAGUUGGUCUGGCCCUGCUCUCUGCUCACAAGUUGAUAGAAUACUUGAGUUGGUUCUUCUUUGAAUGCCAUUUUGUGAAAGUGUGUGGCAGGAUGCUGUUCAAGAAUUCCAGAGUUCCAGUGAAUGCACAGAAUUUGUGCAGUUGCUGAAUCCUGGUUGUAAUGGUUGAUGAGAAAAAAGUACUGCUAUGAAUUACACACAUCUCAUGAAGGUGAAUGGUUGUUGAUAUGAUGCACUGGUUGUGAAACAAACUGGUAGAAGAUGAUGUGUGCCAACAUUGGGCCAAGCCCAUAGUUAGAGCCUGGAUAGGACCCAUCCAUAGUAACAGGUGAAACUCUUGUCCAGAAUGGUAACUGCUGUUCUUGUGAAAUAUCUACGAUCCGCAGAGAGGAAAAGAUUUACUCCUUGGGGGCAUUCGUUGCUGUUGGUAACAUCAGACAGAUUGCUUGGAUUACUGAUCCAGUAUUUUUCAAAUAAAGUCUUCUGUUUGGUUGUUCCAAUAUAUAGUAAAUUCUUUAGACUUGGGGAGCUGGGCAAGUUGCUCAUUUUAAUACUGUACCCACUAUAAAGCUAUUUGCGGUAUCUCAACAAAGUACUGCGUUUGGGAUGUGGAUCAGCAUAGUGUUUGUCAGUCUUCUAGAGCUGCAUUUAUAUGAAUAAUUGAUCAGAUAUUCAGGUCCAUUUCCUUUCUGAUAGUUUGGGUGCCAAGUGCCAUCAGUGCUUAUAGGCGAAUCUCACAUACCUUGCAGAAUUUGACAUAGAUGGCUACUCUAUGGUUGAUCUUCUCCACUUUUAAAAUGCUCAAUCAGUAUAAAAGUUUGGGUGUGUACCAUAUCAGCCACAAACCUUUUGCACAAUAACAUACAUUGAUUUACGGUAGAUGCUCACUAGAUUGAGCAAGUCUGUAGUGAGCAGGAGUAUCAUGUAGUUCUUUCAUCACUAUUUAAGUAGCAAACAAAAAUGAGAUGCCCAUGAUGGAGAGAUAAAAGCAAAGUCUGAUAGACUGCUUCAGUUUGCUCAGUAACUAUUUUUAUUAGGUGAGAAUGAGAAUGUUUAUGAUCAGAUUGAUUAUUCAUUUACACAGCAAAGCCUCCCUUAAGUUUCUGUGUCUGGUAGAGAAUAUUGAUUCAGUUGAGAGAAUGGUCUAGGUUGCACAUAUUGCUGAACCAUUGUUGACCUGUGUUCCCCACUCCAGCACAGCUGCUAGGAGAUCUGAAUCAUUUGCUUCCAUUUUCAACUAACUCCUGUCUUUGGAAGAGGAUGAUAGUGGAGGGGAAAUCCAUAAACCCCAGCCUCAUGUUUUUCAUGUGAAGUAGUUUAUUAACUGUAGUUACCAUGCUUUUAUUCAGAUUGAUAGUAACCAAGUUGAUCUUAAAGAUAAAGUUAGUAUUUACAAUGAAAAAGAGAAAUCUUAAAUUUUAAUCUGAUAUUUUAAGUUAACAACAUCCAUUUUUAUUCACACUGAAUUUCAGUAAUAUUGUUUUGAUUGUAGCUUAAACAUUCUUUUUAGAUUAGCAGAAAAUAACAUAGACCUCUUAAACCUACUUCUUGUCUCAUGUUUCAGGCUCAGUAUUUUGCAUGGUUUGAAUAUAACAUCCUGUAGUGUUGCAACUUGCAAAUAAAAAUGUAUCACAUUAUAGGUUGCGGCUUUCAUAAUGAAUAUUGAGUUUCUGGGAAUUCAGUUAAGCAUGUUGACAUCUUGGUUGUAAAUCCAUUUCUUGCAUUUGCAAACAUGGUAGCACUAGUUAAGCUAGAAUCUUACAUUUCAUUAUCCUUGUUCAUUCUUUAUUUCUAGGUUGUGCGUUUGUGUCAGAAUCCCAAGUUGGCACUAAAAAACAGUCCACCCUACAUUCUAGACCUGCUUCCUGACACUUAUCAGCAUCUGCGAACCAUCCUGUCACGCUAUGAGGGGAAGAUGGAUACUCUAGGAGAGAAUGAAUACUUCAGGGUGUUCAUGGAAAACCUGAUGAAAAAGACAAAACAGACCAUCAGCCUCUUUAAAGAAGGAAAAGAGAGAAUGUAUGAGGAGAAUUCCCAACCUAGGUAACGUUUUGUGUUCUUAAUUGCUUGUAGUAUUAAAAUCCAAGUGGGUCGUUGGAGAGCACUCUUGAAACUCUUCUUAUUUCAGUGGUUCUUGGGCUCUUAUGAACUCUUAUGGUUUCUUUCAGAACAUAAUGUUUCUCUGGAAGUUCUUGACUGUAAGUUGGGCUUGCUAUUUUGUGUGAUGUCUUGUUGGUGAAAUCGAUGGUAUAAUUUCAAAUAAUUAUUAAGAACUGUAGGUGGAAGUAGAGAAGGUCUGGAGAUGCAGUUAAUAUUCAUGACAGAUGCAUGUAGCUCACAAGCCUGUUAAUGCACUGGAGAAUUUAUGUUACAUACAUGGCUAAUGUUUUGCUUUAGCAUUCAUAGUAUUUUACACAUAAUAUCAGCAAGUUUUGCAAAAACCAAGUAAAGUAUGUUGGUAUUAUCAUACGGAUAAUAUUGAGUGAAAAAACAAUUAUACAUACUCCAAAGAUACAGGGCUGCUGUUGCCCAUUAGUCAAUGGAUCCUGAUGAUGAGCCUGCAAGGAGGGACUCAGGCAGAUGUUAAGACCUGGGCAGAUUUGUAUGGGUGUAGAUGAUCCUUCAAAUAGCCAGGUCCCAAACCAGAAUAAGAAUUGUAUUGCUAAGCUUAGCUAGCCAAAAGAUUCCUCAAUGAUAUUUCACUGCUAAUUUUAACAAGCUGGGGAAAAAGGGGAUGGGGGAGAAAAGAGAAGUAUUUAGCUUUGCGGUUUGAGAUAAGGGUCUAUUACAACUUGUUCAACAUGGUGGAUGAGUGCUCUGGUCUGAGUGGCAUGGUGGCAAACUAUCUGUGUGACCAACCCUAAGCUGCUUCCCAACCUUGACAUUGCAGCAGCAGGAGGAGACAAUCUUCAUGGCGUGGAGAAACCCUGGGCUUUGUUUUGGGCACCGAGUGCUCCAAGUUGCAGGCAUGGAGCAAGGGCUUGUUUCCACAUUGUUUGAAAUCUGUUAUUCCCCCAGCUCCAAUCAUGUAGCUAAAGAAGCAGGGAGGUGAUUGCCCCUUACUUUAUGCUUACUUUAUGGUUUUAGCUUUAACAUUUGCGUCAAGGCCAGGACAAAUCAUGCUCCUUUACCAAUCUCUGAAAGACAUAAGCAGUGUCAAAACUAUAGGAGCAUCUGGAAUUAUGUGUGGUUCUGUUCAGGUCAGCAUUUUGUUUUGUGUGUCAAACUGAUAGGGUUGCAUUUCCCCUUGUGUAUUUGCUGAGUAGUUUUGCAUGUUACGGGUUGUGUAAUGAACACUGACUUCAGGAGGCUGGGGGAGUGUUGGUGUGGGUGGUGUGAGCAUUUACUGUACAACGUAAACCUGAUUCAGUUCAAAUAUUAUUGGCAAAUGAGAGCAAACCAUAGUAAAGCAAGUUUGCAUAGCAAAGGUAAAAUGCAGAAAAUAUGCACUUGAGCUCUGUGCCUAUGAGACCCAUCAUCUAAUGUAGGUGUCUCAGGGAGGGUGUAUGUGUCUUGUGUGUCAUAAUUGGAAGCUUUCAUUUUAUUCUCCCUCCCCCCCCCCCCCCCGUAUUUAUAUGCUGCCUUUCAGGGCAAGUUCCCCAUGACAUAAGUAAAAAGCAUUCCCUCCUCUCCCCUCUCCUCCCCUUUUGAGGAAGAAGGGCAGUCUUAGAUCUGUCUUUAAGAGUUAUGGGAGGUGCAAGCUUCAAAAGGAGAAGAGGAGUUUGAGGUGUAGGAGCUGCCUGUUGAGGCAGAUUGUGGCUAGAAAGUGUGUGGGAGGAGGAGAGUCUGUAUAUGUACAAAGCAAUUUGGUAGGCCAAGCUGCGUUCUAAAAAUUACCUCCUGACAUUAGUGCAUCAUUAAAAACACCUUCCAGUUCCAAAGAGAAAGCUGGUAAUUUUCUAGUGGAUAACAGUGUGUCAAAACUUUGUGAAUUAUUUUUAAGAUCUCUAUUGAAGUUUUGUGUGUGAGAGGGAGGGAGAGAUGAUAGGUUAAACUCUGGAUUCUAGACAGUAAAGUCAGCACUUAACUAUUGCCACGGUGAAAGUUACACUUCUCAUUUGUCUAAUGCGCCAGAAUUCACUGUUCAAAAAGCAUCCGCUACUGUGGUUAAAACGGAAAACAGACUUGGGUGCUCUGCAUGCUCCUAUGCAUGCAAGUUAAUCAUGUGUGUUUUUCCUAGACUCGUAGCUCUUUCUGUUAACUUGCUGUGAUAAUACUCAUGUCAAGACAUUCAGUGGUAAUGGCAUACAAAAUGUCAUACAAAACAACUCCAAUUUACACAUCUAUUUAAAGUUCACAUCAUUAUGAGCCAUAGCUUUUAUCUAUUAUGUAGGCAUGUCACACUGAGCUAGGUGCUGUGGUCUUGGUUUCAUUGAGUUUUUUACCACCUUGAACAGCACUGAGCAGAUACAGUGGGAGGGCAGUGGGAGGAAUCCUUUGUUGUUGCUGUAUUUGUGUGAUCAAAUUAAUACUGUGCGACAUUCACCAUGUCUGCAUUCUUAAGUGGUAUCCUGCAACCUCAAAGCUCCCACUUCCUUACUAAGCCAAAGACUGAGAAGUGAAUGGAGGGGGGCAUCUAGUGUGUGUGGGAUAUCAGUAGCCCAAGGUUGACCCGGGUGUGUAUGGAGCUGCCAGUUUCAGCCACAGAUUAUCUUCUGGAAUACAUUUGGAUUUGUUAUAUUUCAUGGAAGCAGUCAUAUUUGAGUACUGCUUGCCUCAAAAGAUGUGCUGUACAUUUUAGUCCACUGUCAGCUCCAGAGGAAUUGAGGUACAAAAAUUCAUAUAUAAUUAUCUGACUGACUGACAAAGAUGAAGUCAAGGACAACAUAUGUGGUUUAAGUUCUGUAGCAUGUUAUAAUAUCCCUGAAUUCUUAAAUCAACCCUUCCCCCUUUAUGGGAAUUGUAUGUCCUGUCCUAUAUAGAGAGGUUGCAGUAAAAUUCUAAUGGCAGCCAAGGUGUUGAGCUUGGAACAUUUGUUGUCUCUCCUUGCAGCCAGACUUGUGGGGUUGCUGUCUCAGCAAGAUUUUGUGUUCGUCAUCAGCUCUAGGGCAUAGAGGAACAAAUCCAUACAGGAAAAAGCUGCAGAUACUUAAUAUCUCUUCUGUGUAUAAAUUGUGUGCAGCCUUACCCAGGAAGGAAACUGAUACUACUAAGAGGUUUGUUUUUUGAAAUGUUGAUUUUGAAAUCAAACUGGCUAUAGUUAUAAACUGCUUAUAAAGCACUAAAGCCCCCAAAGCAUUAAAGCCCCCAAAGUACUAAAACAAAUUCUGUACUGAUAAUUUUGUCUCUUAAAGUGAGAAGCUGUGUUAGGAAAACACUAGAACGCAUUGUUGAGGCAGCCUAUCAAAGCCUGUUGUGAAAGAGUCCCCUGUCACUUCCUUCGAAUGAAACUUGCACUUCAGAAUGUGGAAAACUUGUGAAGCCUACUUCUGCAUUUCAAUUAGAGUAUCUUAGAGAAAAUUCAAAAGCUGCCUAUAAAAAAAAAAAGAGUCUUGACUGCCAGGUUGCUACAUAAGAACGUGAACUGCUUGCUGCCUAAAGAGACCCCAUUGCCAUGAAGAAAAUGUGCUUAGAUGUUGAUCUUUAAUUAGGCCCACUGGGAUGGGUAAACACACCCAGGUUCCUGUCAGAAAUCCUGGGACCCAAAGCUUUCCUUUCUAAACUUCUGAGUCCUAAUAAUAAUAAUUUAAUAAUAAUAAUUUAUUAUUUAUACCCCGCCCAUCUGGCUGGGCCUCCCCAGCCACUCUGGGCGGCUUCCAUAGAAACCAAAAAUACACUAAAAUAUCACACGUUAAAAACUUCCCUGAACAGGGCCGCCUUAAGAUGUCUUCUGAAUGUCAGGUAGUUGUUUAUCGCUUUGACAUCUGCUGGAAGGGCGUUCCACAGGGCGGGUGCCACUACCGAGAAGGCCCUCUGCCUGGUUCCCUGUAGCUUUGCUUCUCGCAAUGAGGGAACCGCCAGAAGGCCCUCAGCGCUGGACCUCAGCGUCCGGGCAGAACGAUGGGGGUGGAGACCCUCCUUCAGGUAUACUGGACCGAGGCCGUUUAGGGCUUUAAAGGUCAGUACCAACACUUUGAAUUGUGCUCGGAAACGUACUGGGAGCCAAUGUAGGUCUUUCAAGACCGGUGUUAUAUGGUCUCGGCGGCUGCCCCCAGUCACCAGUCUAGCUGCCGCAUUCUGGAUUAGUUGUAGUUUCCGAGUCACCUUCAAAGGUAGCCCCACGUAGAGUGCAUUGCAGUAGUCCAAGCGGGAGAUAACCAGAGCAUGCACCACUCUGGCGAGACAGUCCGCAGGCAGAUAGGGUCUCAGCCUACGUACCAGAUGGAGCUGGUAAACAGCUGCCCUGGACACAGAUUUGACCUGUGCCUCCAUGGACAGCUGUGAGUCCAAAAUGACUCCCAGGCUGCGCACCUGGUCCUUCAGGGGCACAGUUACCCCAUUCAGGACCAGGGAAUCCUCCACACCUGCCCGCCUCCUGUCCCCCAAAACAGUACUUCUGUCUUGUCAGGAUUCAACCUCAAUCUGUUAGCCGCCAUCCAUCCUCCAACUGCCUCCAGACACUCACACAGGACCUUCACUGCCUUCACUGGUUCUGAUUUAAAAGAGAGGUAGAGCUGGGUAUCAUCCGCAUACUGAUGAACGCCCAGCCCAAACCUCCUGAUGAUCUCUCCCAGCGGCUGCAUGUAAAUGUUGAAAAGCAUGGGGGAGAGGACAGAACCCUGAGGCACCCCACAAGUGAGAGCCCAGGGGUCUGAACACUCAUCCCCCACCACCACUUUCUGAACACGGCCCAGGAGGAAAGAGCGGAACCACUGUAUGACAGUGCCCCCAGCUCCCAGCCCCCCAAGACGGUCCAGAAGGAUGCUAUGGUCGAUGGUAUCAAAUGCCGCUGAGAGAUCCAGCAGAACUAGGAAACAGCUCUCACAUUUGUCCCUAGCCCGCCGGAGAUCAUCAACCAGUGCGACCAAGGCAGUUUCAGUCCCAUGAUGAGGCCUGAAUCCCGACUGGAAGGGAUCCAAAUGGUCCGCUUCUUCCAGGCGUGCCUGGAGUUGUUCAGCAACCACUCGCUCAAUCACCUUGCCCAAGAAUGGAAGAUUUGAGACUGGGCGAUAGUUGGCCAUCGUGGCCGCAUCUAAAGAUGGUUUUUAAGAAGCGGUUUAAUAACCGCCUCUUUCAGCGGGUCUGGGAAGGCUCCCUCACGGAGGGAAGCAUUCACCACCCCACGAAGCCCAUCGCCCAGUCCUUCCCGGCUAGCUUUUAUAAGCCAGGAUGGGCAAGGAUCCAGGAGACAGGUGGUUGGUUUCACUCGUCCAAGCAGCCUGUCCACAUCCUCGGAGGUAACAGAUUGGAACUGAUCCCACUCAUCUUGACUAGACAAAACUCUAGCACUCUCCCGCGCCGGCCCUGCUCCCACGGUGGAGUCUACUUCUUCCCGAAUCUGAGCGAUUUUAUCUGCAAAAAAAACUUUGCAAAAUCAUUGCAGGAGAACAUGUGGCCCGUACUGGGCCCUGAUGUUGCAGGUGGUUCCGCUAAAUUGUGAACCACCUGAAAAAGUCUCCUGCUGCUGUUUUCUGCAGAUGCAAUAGAGGCGGUGAAGAAAUUCUUCUUCGCCGUCGCUAUCGCCACUUGGUAGGCUCGACGUUGAGCUCUAACCUGUGUCCGGUCAGAUUCGGAAUGAGUUAUCCACCACCGGCACUCUAGCUGUCUCAACGAUUGUUUCAUUGCCCUCAGAUUCGUGGAAAACCACGGGGCUGUCCGGGCUCCAUGCAAUCGGAGAGGGCGCUUCGGAGCCAAACAGUCAAUAGCCCUGGUUAACUCCGCAUUCCAGCGGGCCACCAGGGAAUCAGCUGAAAGGCCAUCAACAUGGGAUAAAGCAUCCCUUACCACUCUCUGGAAACCAUUUGGAUCCAUUAAGUGGCGGGGGCGGACCAUCCGAAUUGGUCCCACCUCCCUGCAGAGGGGAUGGGUCGCAGAGAAGUCCAGUUGCACCAGGAAGUGAUCUGACCAUGGCACUUCUUUCGUUUCACUUUUACUUAGUGUCAGAUCACCAGCAUCCAUAGAGGUAAACACCAGGUCCAAGGCAUGUCCGCGGCUAUGGGUUGGGCCAGACUUAUUCAGGGACAGCCCCAUGGAGGCCAUGCUUUCCACGAAGUCCCGAGCGGCCCCUUGUAAGGUCGUGUUGGCAUGGAUGUUAAAAUCCCCUAGGACAACCAAACUAGGUGUCUCCAGGAGAACAUCCGCCAUGACCUGAAGCAGCUCGGGCAGGGAAUCCUUGGUGCAGCGGGGAGGUCGGUACACCAAUAGGAAUCCUGUACUGCCCCUAUUGCCCAACUUCCAUAACAUGCACUCAGAGAACUGGGUCUUCCCAGUAGGACGCCUGGUGCAAACUAAUGACUUCCUAAAAAUCACUGCAACCCCCCCUCCCCGCCCACAUGACCUGGGUUGCUGUGCGUAAGAGAAACCUGGUGGACAAGCAGCGGCAAGGACAGGCCCGUCUGCUUCAUCCAACCUUGUCUCUGUCACACAUGCCAGGUCAAGUCCUCCAUCCAUGAUCAAGUCAUGGAUGGCAGUGGUCUUAUGAAUCAUUGACCUGGCAUUGCACAGCAGCACCUUCAGGUCAUGUGGGUAUCCCUUGCUGAUUCUAGUAUCCAUCCGGUCAGGACCAGACCCGGAGGCAGAAAUAGUCCUCAGACAACGACUAAACCUGCCUCCUCUGUAAUGACAUGGUCUAGUCUUAGCGUAACUCCUCCUCCUACCCGUGAUCACUGAGAUCGGUUGUCCCAGUGCAUCCCCCCCUGUGGAACAUGCCCCAGCCAUUUUGUGGGCUGGGGCCCACUCCCCGGCAGCCCUGACCCCUCCCCUUAAGAACAAAAUAACACCUUAAACAAACAAACAAACAAACAAACAAAUAAAACCAAUAAAACAAUACAAACAAAAAACUGUAAAUGGUUUCAUGGAAAGUUUGAAAAUGUGGUAAAAUAGCAAUGCAUGCAAGUAAAAAGGAUCUCAAAUUCAGCUCACCACAAUUUCCAAUAGUCAUUAAAGGGAUUACUCAAAGUAUGCAUUUCUGAGGGUAACAACUUCUAGUCCAUGGUACAGUCCUUGGUGCUGAACAUGUCUACCUUCAUCUACAUUAGUGCUAGUGGUGGAAGCCACUUUCCCCUUUCCAUUUUCUCCCAUAGGAAUCCCAUAUCAAGGUAAUUCUAGUGUUGAUGUAACAAGUGUGAAUAUACUGAUCCCAAUCCAGAAACUGCUUUUCCCUGCAUUACUAGGUUUGGAUAUGUGAGAAUUUGAAUAAGAGAGUCUCAAAUUCUGGUUUGCAUCUGUUAUCAGAACCUCAUCUCAAUGAAUUAACAAUUUCAGGUUUUGCAGUGCUGUUUAUUCAUUAAAAUAUUCUCCUCAUAAAUCUCAUUUUAGCACUUAAUGCUUCAUGCAUUUCCAAACAGUUUCAAAUGAUUAGAAAACUCAUAAUCUUGUUUUGCUUUGCUGGAACUAUAAUUUAAUAUAGAUUGUAGCCUUUUGUAUUAAAUCUUGGUGUCUGAUAGAAAGGCACUAAGGAGAUGUGGCGUUGAAAGAUUGCACAAUUGCUUUAUGUCAGACCAGUGAACUUGAAACAGGAUCCAAAUGUAACUAGGCAAAUUCCAGCAUGCUUUCCGUGUUAAAUAGCUGCAGCUGUCAUCCAAUUACAGAACUCAUAAUCAGUUAUACAACUAAUAUGAUUAUGAUGAUUAAUCGUUAAUUGGCAUUAGUGACCAGGAAACUGAGCGAUAGAUCAGGAAAGGUCCUGGUUUGAAUGUAGUUUCUGCCAUGAACUGAUGUGAUGGCCUUAGGGCAAGCCACUCUCUCUCAGCCUUGCUCCUCGCCACUUGUAACGUAGGGGAUAAUAAUAUUGACUAACUUUACUAAGUUGUUGUAAGGACUCGAUUACUGCAAUAUGUUGUAUGUGGGCCUACCUUUAAAAACGGUCUGGAAACUACAGUAGGUCCAAAACAGGGCCACAAGAUUAAUAACUGGGGCUGGGUGUUUCAACCAAAUUAUGCUAGUGCUUUGUCUUCUGUGCUGGCUCCCAUUCUGUCACUUAGUUUUAAAACUCUAGUCUUAAUCUUUAAAGUGCUUAACACACAGGUGAGGAAACUUUGACCCUCCAGGUGUUGUUGGACUACAACUCCCAUCAUCCCCGGCCAUGGAACUUGUGGGAGUUGGAGUCAAGCAACAUCAGGAGGGUUAAUGGUUCCCUACCUCUGUCUUAAUGGCUUGAGACCAGGUUACAUAAAAAAGAUACUCUCCUUCCUUUCUAACUGAACUUUAAGGUCCCGUUUAGAGGACCUGCUCCUGGUGCCCCACCCAGGGAAAUGAAGUGAAUGUCUACUAGGGAUAAUUUUUGGUAGUGGGAUCUUAGCUUUGGAAUAGCCUCUCCAAAGAGGCUUACCUAGUACCUUUCUAUGUUUUUUCUAGUGCCAGCUUCUUAUUUCUUAAAAAUUGGAAAAAUAAAAUAAAAUAUUUGCAGUUGAACCACUGAAGGGAUCAACAAAGACUUUUGAGGUAAAAAUGUUAGAGGCUGUGUCCAGCUCAACUGUUGAUUUUUUCUGAUAGUGGGUUUACAGCAUCUAAUUAUGUCGACUUCCUGUUUCAUGCUGGUUCCUUGGCGAAUCAGUCCACAGAAUCAAUGCAGUGCUAGCUGUCUGGCUGCAGACUGGCAUGAUGGACAUGUAAUUUGAUGGCUCUAAAAUCUGUCUGGAUGAGUCUCCUACUAAGCAAAAGACCGUGGGCACUUCAUUUUGUGUAUCAGUUUGCCCUGCAGUUCUCUGGAAGGUGACUUAUGCUGCUAUCAGUGAGAGUGAAGUGGAAUUUCAAUCGCUUCCUGUGUUGAAAGUUUACUUGAAAGUAGUUCCGUUGUAUAUCUAUUUUUAAAAACUGAUUACUCUGUGAAAGGCUCUGAAGCUGCACAAAUCUUAUAAAUGUUGACAUAGGAUGUUUAAGCAUGACUAUUCAGCACUUCUUUGCAAGGGUCAGAGUAAAAACUGAUAGCAGCAGGGCAGUUGUUGCUUACAUGGAUAUCGUCCUGUUACAGGGACUCGGUGCAAUCAUUCAUUGGCCUCAAUGGGGUCUGACAUGUUAGAUCAGAGGUGGAAAACACAUAACCUACAUGCAGCAUUUGGGAUCUCUCGUGAGGCCAGAGAAGAUUCUUUUAGUGCUCCCCCCCCCCAGCUCCGUACAUUUGUUUGAACAUAAGCUUUAAUGACUUUAGAGAGAACAAAACAGCAAAGACACAGUUGCAGCAGUGGCUCAGGAUAACAAGAAAAGAAGAAGCUCCAACUAAUUGCUUUUCAUUUACAUUUUUGUAAGUUAGGUCUGUAACCUAACCCAUCCCACUUAGGGUUGGUAUCCGAAGCACUGCCAUGCCACCUCUUCCCCUCAAAGGAGAAUAAAAUGUAUGAGCUUGUAACAAGAGGACGUGGUUGCUACAGAAUGUUUGGCCUAAGCCCUUUAGGGCUUUAUGGGUUAGUACAAGAAUCUUAAAAUGCUGUUUUUAAUAUUCGGUUGGGAGCUGCCCAGAGUGGCUGGGGAAACCCAGCCAGAUGGGUGGGGUAUAAAUAAUACAACAUCAUCAUCAUCAUCAUCAUCAUCAUCAUCAUCAUCAUCAUUAUUAAAUGUGCCCAUAGAAAAGAGAGUGAAUAGAGACAUCAGAGUACUGGUGCAGUCUGCUUUGGUGGUGGUCCAUUUCUUUGGGGAGAUGGGUUGCUGCCUUUUGUACCAGAAGAAGCAUGUGAACAGUUGUUUCCAGAGUCACCCCAUAUAGAGUGCAUUUCCUGCACAACCCCCCAUGUGCAUGUGCAUGCAGUCACUUUUGGCUCUGAGCUUUGAUACUCAUCUGCUCCUGUGUAGAAUCAGUACAGUGGUACUUCGGUUUUCGAACAUCUCCACUGAUGAACAUUUUGGUUUUCAAAUGCUGUAAACCCAGAAGUAAAUGCUUCGGUUUUCAAAUACGCCUUGGAAAUAAAACAUGCCAUGCAGCUUCCACUGAGUGCAAGAUCCUGAGGCCUAGCUGUCAGCCAUUGAGUUUUCAGUUUUCGAACGUUUCAGAACUCAAACGGUCUUCUGGAAUGGAUUACGUUCGAAAACCGAGGUAUCACUGUACUCAGAAAUUACUGCAACCUUCUAGUGCAAAAACAAGCAAACACAACACCCACUAAAGGUCUGGGGACUAAGGGCGUCUCUGAAGUGAAAUACUAGUCUUGUUUUACAGAACAGCUGAAACUAAGCCUGUUCUGUUUCUUGAUGAGUGUGUGGCAUUUGUUAGGGAAGCCUCCAGUGAACAUUUGGGAGCAAAGCUCGCUGAAUUGACUCUUGAAAUGCUUCUUUGUCAUGAGACCUAAUAUCCAUAUAAUCUAAUUUUUCUGCAUAGACGAGUUUUAUUUCCAAAGGCAGACCUAAACCUUUGGACCAUGUUUACUGUACCAGUCUGUCUUUAAGCUACUGAUGCAGUGAGAGUAAGCACAUGACAUUGUGAGGAAACAUCACAUGUUGGCACUAUUUACAGCACCUAGAGAAGUAUAAGGGUGCUUCUGAGUGUAACUGUUCUUACCUUGAGGUGCAUGCUUCUCUUUAUGUAGCAUUAAUUGUUCAUUGUGUUUUUUAAGUACUUGAGAAUGCAAUAUGUGGCUUCCAUUUCUUCUCCCCGCAACAAAAGGUGUUUUUUUUAUUUGUUUUUUUGUUAGAUUCAGCCAGAAGUUGUUCUGAUGGGAAAAACACAAAGGUGGGAGUUGGGAGGACUAUGCUAUGAUAGUUAACUUGGCUGAUUCUGGACAACCAAUCUGCAGUUCUGGACUCCUCAUUUCUAUACAGCUAUGGCUACACUGCCUUGUCUUAAUAUAAUUUUCAACCUCUUUGCUUUCAUUGAUUCUACUAGGCCUGAGAUGUGCACUUUGAGAGACUCCAAGGCUUCCUAGUAAGAUGUGUUAUUGCCCUCUUUUGUUAUGUUAUGUUAUUGCCCUCUUUUGGGAAAAGUUGGUUUUAGCAAAGUGGGCUGCCAGAAAGGGGGGAGGAGAGUCCAACCACCAACGUUGAGAGUCCAACCAAACCAGCUCCCCCAGCCCCCCAGGCCUUCCCCAUGAAGUUUUAUAGCAGCCAGUCAGGCCUUCCCCAUGAAGUUUUAUAGCAGCCCUCCAGUUCCUCGUGCCUCAGAGAAGGUGUCUGGGUUGCUACUUGCUUCUUGCCCCAUCCUUGAUGAAAGCCUGGCUGGCCACAGCAGAAGAGCUGGCUGUGCUCAGCUUGAGAUGGUGUCCGUUGCUGGAUUUUCAUCCCGUCUUGCUGCUGACCUCCUUCCCUAAAACCAACAUUUUCCAAAUGGGGAGAGAACAAAUUUUACAUCUUGCUAGUAAGGCUCAGGGUGUCUCAGAGUGCACAUCACUUUGAGAGACCGAGAAUCUUUCUAGUAAGAUGUAAAAUACAUUUUCUUCCUCAGUUGGAACAAGUUGGUUUUAACUUGCAAACAUCUUGUAUCUUCCCUUCAUCAACCCGUGACGAAAACUUCCCUGAGACAGAAUAUCUGAGUUACUUAAGAAAAGCAAUAUGCUUGUUAAAAGUUAAUACAGUACAGUAAUAGAGCAGGUCUCUAAUGAGAAUAUGUAUCUUCUAAGGGAGAAACAUUCUGAUUUUUCCAUCAUCAAUUUUAAUGUUAGACAUUUUGAAUAAACAGUGCUUGAAGAGAACAACUUGCUUGCACAAGGUGUCCCUAGGUACAUUUUUAGUCUUCCUCACAAAAUGUAAAUAAGGAAGCAGGGUUGUUAUUUUUAUAGGGGAUAUUUGUAUUUCCAGGAGUCUCGUGCCUUUAAAUCUAUUCAUAAAAUUAGUGUUUGUAGAAAAUUAGGCAUUCCCAGUAUUUCUUCUUACUAUGUGUGCAUAGAGGAAAUGGAUGGUGUACUUUUUGUAACCUUUCUGCAGACUUGUCAAUUGUAGGAUCAAUAUGUCUCCAAACUGUUUUUCUGCUUAAUUACAUUACCAUUCACAUUUUUGGCUAGAAUUUUCUAAUUAUAAGAAAUUGUAAGUACAUUAUUUUAGGGCCAAGACUAGAACAGUAAUUACAUGCUUAAUUCUAAUGUUAGUUUGAAAAUUGCUACGUGUAAAAUGAGCUCCCUGCUGGAGCUUCGGCUAAAUGUGCAAAGUGUAUUAACUAUUCUCUGCAUGCUUAAAGCAACACUGUAGGAUUCUAACCAUCAUAAAUCUAAUUAAUUAUAGAAACCUGUAUCAGGAAGUGAUGAGUAGACAAUAAAGAACCUUAUUUUGGACUCUCUAAUUAUCUGUGUGGUAUGUAGCUUACUUUUACAUUGGAAUUUAUAUACUUCCUGCUUAAAAUAGCUAUAUGCCCAGAAGGGGUAGAUUUUGUAUGUUGAAUAAAUUAUGCAAAUUUUCACUUUUUAUUUGCAUACUUCUGCCUUAGAAAUGAAGUAUGAUGUGCAGGUCAUUAAAGCACAAGUUACGGAUCACAAGGGAUGGAUGAAUCUGUCAGUUUUGGUUUCUCUCAGUUCCUCAUUUUUCCAACCUUCAGUUUGCUCCAUUUCCUCAUCAAUUUGCAACUUUUAAAAGUUGCACAAAAUUCAUAUGUACAUAUCUCCUAAUAUAUGAAUUUUUGGAUACAGUUUUGCCAAGCAUACACAUUUCUGUUAGCAUCUCCUCUGAUGUAGUGCAGUUUUUCCCAUUGUUUUCACUGAUAGGGAAUUAAAUGCAUUUUUUAUGGCUGGAGAACUGAAUCACAAAAUUCUAAGAAGUGCAAAUUUUGAAGAAUCCUCUGUGUUUUGGUUUGGGAAGGGUGAAUUGAUGAUACUAUGUAGGUAUGAAAAUGAAAACGGAAUCAAGUUCUCUUCCAUCUCAAAUGGUCACUGGGAGAUUUCCCAGUACUCCUGUGCUUCUAAGCCUCUUCGUAUCCUUCCCCCAAAAAAUGAAACCCGAGAUUCAAAGAAUGCUGAAUCCUGUUCCCAGUGCUAAAUUUCACAUUUACCCUCUGCUUGCUUUUACUGUAGUUGUUGGGUUGGUGCUUAAUUUUGUUUAAGGUAUCAGAGUCGGUCUUGUGCUAAUGGAUAACAGCAUAAGCCAGACUUUCUAGUGUAUAUGAAUUAUACUAGUUUUGUUGGUUUGCUCUUAGUUCUGAGAGUAAGAUGAAAUUAUUCUAGGAACCCCAGUAGGGGUUUUUCCAAGUACAGCAGGUACUGGUUGGGCAUGUGGAAUUGUCUGAUUAUCUUACUGGUGCAAAGAAAGUCAUAAGGGGUUAAAAUGUGGUUUGCUGUCUUCUGCAAGACAAACGCUUACUGUGGAAGAAUGCUUUUAUCCAGCAAACAGGAAACAGGAAAGGAACAGCCUACUGCAGGUCAGAGGGGAGCAGGUUCAGAAAGCUGAACUGGGGGAAGUGGGGGCCCAUUGAGAGGCUGCUGUGAAGGUAUCGGCAGGACUGGAAGUACUUGGUUGACCUGUUGACUUCCUGCAAGACAUAUGGAGCCAAAACAGUAAUGAAGGGGGGAAGGAAGUAGUACAACCACAGCACAGGGGAGGGAGAGAGCCGAGGACAAUAUCCGUUCAGUGUCUUCAAAAUUGGAUCUUGCAUGGCUUGUCUAAUUUUUAAAUCUGUUAUCUGAUUGAACUACUUUGGCUACAAGAGGUUGUGGAUGCUUUAUGUUUAGUGAAACUGGAAACUGUAAAGCUGGAGUGGAAAGGUGAUCCUAUCUCCAGUUUCUUAAGUUCUGAUAAAACUCACUUAAUAGUAGGAUUGAAUUAAAAGGACUUGUCCCAUCGCUAAGCAAUUAAUUUUUCAACAGCUAUAUCAGCGUUCAAAGUGAUUGCCUGUUCAGGAAGUAUUGGUUUUGCUCUCAAUUCUUUAUUUGCUUUUAGCAAGGUUAUCACUUAGCCAAAUCUGAUUGGCUGCAUAGUGACAUGACACGAUCCCUGAUUGGCUGGGGUUGCCCGUGUGACUGAUCCCAGAAGAGGAUGUAGUAAUAAGAAAAUGGAGAAUUGUACAGAAGCAAAAAGCAGAUGGGAGAAAUAAUAUUGGUGCACAGGUUUGUAAAAAGGGAAACUAACUUACAAUUAACACUUCUUUCAGGAAGGACUUCUGUCCCCUGAAAGCACUGCUUUUAACCUGACAAUGGAAAUGAAACAGAAAAACAUUUGACACAGCCCUGUGUUAUAGUAGAUUUAAAUACAGAGGCUCUUGUUAAAUGCUGGUAAACGCCAAUAUAUGCUAAAGAACGGCUGUUUCUGGGCUACAGCUGUGGCCACAACAUCCAACACACCAUUAAUUCUAGACAAAUGUUUCUUAGUAGAAUAUGCAUGAUGAUGCCUGGCAUGUGCUGAGCGCUUCUUCCAUAUGCUGUUGCAUCUGAUGCCUUUGCAAGCAGGAUUUUCCUUAAAAACAUCUUUACAAAUUAAAUGCUGCCACAAACUUGUUGCUGCUGCUGUCAUUAUGGUGUCUGAUGCCAGAUCAGUUGUUGUUCUUUCUUUUCUUUUCCAGAAACUAAAGUAACAAUCUUAAGUCAGACCCUCUGAUUAAUCAGGCCAAAUUUGAUAUUGUUUCAAAGUGAGGAAAUUCCAUUAGAGUGUUGUUGGUGGUGGUGGUAGUAGUAGUAACAACUUUCAGGAUAGAAAUGUAGCAUAUGGACCUAAACAGUAUAAUGCAUUAUUAAACAUACAGUAAGAGCAAGUUUAGUAAAUAAUAACUAGUAACUAGUAAGCAGGCACAUUUGUAAAGCUUCAUUCAUGGGACGGUGUCUAACUAAAAUGGCAGCUGUGAGUCACUUGGGAGAGUUGGGAACUUCUGCUUUCAGUGGUCUUCCACACAUUGUGCCAGAUCUACCCAAAAUUGCAAGAUAAGACUUGAGUAACCAGAUGCUUCUAGUGUUUACUAGCAAGUCUAUGUUCCCACCACCAUGCUACCAUUUUGGAUGACUGUUGCUUAAUCUCCUCUAAGUGAAACAGAAGUGGUUUUAAUGGGUGCUUUUCAGGAGCAAGUGCUGGCCUGAAGUUUCUGUGUCCUUCCUGUGUAUCACCUGACGGCUUGAAGGAGAGCAAAUUGUGUUUACCUUGUUAACCGACUUUCAGGUGUAAAAUUAAACGAUGUGGGUUUUUGUUUUCUUUCAAGCGUACUAUAUUCCCAGUUAAGCCACAGCUCUCGUUCAUUGCCAGGUGGAUUCUGGAUCUCAAGCCCUGAAUGGUUCCCUUUGCAAAUGUGUUCAUGCCCUGCCUGCCAACCACAGGCACAUAAAAUAGUCAUUCAGGGUUUUAGCUUUCCCUCAGGCUUGUGAACGUUGUAAUUUUAUGUCCUCGUUUAUACUUGCAAAUAGUCUUUAAAUUUAUGCUGCUUAAGCACCUGAGAGCAGCUGUUAAAAAGUUAGCUCGGCUAAUUGUGUUGCUCAGUUAUAACUUCAGUUUUCUGGAAAAACAUUUUCCAUCGGCAAAGUCCAGUGAGGCAAGAGAUCACGUUUCCUAUUCAGACUUUAAAGAAGCUGCCAGUUGGAUAUGUAUGACUUUGCAAAGCUGUUGUGUUUGAGUAUUUAAAAUAAAGUUGUGGUGCUCCUGCGGCGUCUUGUUAGUUUAUUACCUUGAGCCCACCUAUGCAGUGCUCUUUCCUAAUCCUAAUGCAAGGCAGUAUUAGCCUGAGAUGCUGAAUAAUCUUUGUGUCUGUGGGUUCUUUGAGACAUGUGAUCCUUUGAGUAUUUUAAACAGCCGUCCUCAAAAGUAUCUACUCAGGAGAGUUCAAGCUAAAAUCAUGCUUACCUCCUUUUCAUUUUAAAAUGAGAGCUGUUCUAGCUAUUCUAAUGAAAAACUAAUGGGGAGCAUGUUCAGCACAGCCACAAUAGUUGACUUGUCCUUGAGUGCACAUUCUCACUUGAGCAAGAUAUGGAGGGGAGGGGGACCUGUCAUUUUCCCUGUAAUGACUCAAAUGAGUGUCAUUCUAAAGGAAGCUAAAAAGAUGCUAAAAAUAGGAGGGUGGCUAUCCCAUUCACUCCAGUAUUGUAUUCUCAGCCCAAGAAAUGGAUGGGCAGACAUAGUGCACACAGCUGUCAUGUUAGAGCACAUUUUGAUGUGGUGAGGGUUAGUGCAUUGAUCCAGUCAAGAUGUGCACAAAUGAGGCUGGUGAAGAGAGGCCUGAGUUCCAGUGGUUCAUGAGCCCUUAGAAAAGGUUUCCUCCUCACUUAAUUCCACGCUUGAACCAAGGGUCUUGACUCUGUUGUCACAAGCUUCAGUUCAUCUGGAAAAUCUGCCAGUGUACCUGUCUCAAGAAUUCCAGUACAGCCCAAUCUUAAAAAUCUGGAUUUGACUAGUUUUUGUAAGGAAAGAAAUCAGUGGGGAGCUGCCUGAUGCUGCAAAUGGUUGGCUUUUGUACUAUUUUUAAGUGAUUGCUCUUGUCUCCUUGUUUUGUUAGCCACCUGGGGUGUCUCUUUAUUUAAGGUGUAACACCAACAUAGAAAUGUUUAGAGCAGCAUAAAUUAAAGGUGAAUAGUUGAGAAUGAAGUACUCGUUUGUACUUUUGUUAAGAAAUUGGGCUUGGCUUCGUUAACUUCUUCUAGCAUGCUCAAUAGAUUAACUGAACACUGCUAACAUAAUCAACGCAUACUACCAGGAUCUGCCAAGAUGAACAAGUUUGGAAUAGGCUGACCUCAGGCUGGGCUUAGCUGGUGCUACACUGGUGUAACUCCCUUAAUCUGGCACUGCAGUACAUAUUCCAGCAAAAUUCCCUCAGCCUGACUGAGACAGGGCUAUGCUGGCUCAGCCAGGGCUCAGCCAGUGGAACUUAAGCUAGCAGAGUUUACACUGGUGUAAGUCCCUCAAAAGGGGCUUUCCUGCGGUGUGGCAGGGAUGGAGCAAGGAGAGACUUGCACCUAUUCUAAACUUUUUUCAGCUCAGUUACGUAAUGUGGCAACCUGGCAGAACCUAUGCGGGCGAAAAGAGUGUUGUAAGUGAAACUUUAUUUUAAGGGCCUGUUUCCUCUUUUCUUGGUUUGGGCCAUCUCAGCCGGCAGCCAGGAGCCUCCUGAACAGAAUUUGGAAUAGGCUUAAUUUAUGCCAGCUUCCUAUAUUUAGGAUUGCUUUGUAAGGUCGCUUAUGGUUGCUCUUGUUUUGUAACAUUCACAAACACCUUCUUGUUUGGAGGAAGUGAGUAGUGAUCGGCAUUUUUAAAAAUUGCAGAUUUAGAGAGUGGGAACUCUCUCUUGCAAAGCUGCACAUCUGGAAAAUAGUCGUAAACAGCAUCAGUUUUUGUGUGUGUAAUCCUUGAAAGAACAUAGUAGGUGUUUUAAAAACAACCACCACCAAAAAAGUAUUAGGUGAAUAAUGACAACGGGUGCAAAUUUAGGAGUUACACAGUACAAGUUUGAGCCCUGCCCCCCCCUUAUAAAAGAAGAAUAUACAUUCCUAGCAGCCCAUGUAGCACUAAUCGGUUAAAAACACAGUGCAACUUAGUUGACCUUGUCUCACUUUUUAAUACAGAAAAAGAUAACGAAAGAGUUAACGGCUUUAAGAAAAAAACUGUCUCAUAUGAUUAGAAGUGAGCUGAAGUCUGGUGUAACAGAUUAGGCAUGUUGGGGAGGGAAAGACCCCUUCUGCUGCACUGAAGAUCAGUGAUAGACACGGGGCAGUGGCAAUGUCCCUUCAGCUGCUGCUGACUCCAGUUGUCUUCCUAUCGUUGUUCCAUUUUAAAAAGUGGGAACUCUCCUUAAAUUUGCAAGGACCAGUCUUUGCAUAUUGCAGUUUUCUGUGUGUUUUAAACAUUGCAAAGGGAAGCAAGCCUCAUGUUUCUCUGGGGCAUUUUAGUUUUAUUUUUCGUUAGAAAAACUGCCUGGUGUAAAAAAAAUAAAAACCUUGGCCAUGAACCAAGACUUCCCUCUUUGAGCCCUUAAUUUUAUUGUAAAGAUUUAUUUUAUAUAUGCAGUUUCAAACUAUGAAAGCCAUUUUUAAAAGUGUAUAUGCAGAAGGGAACAGUUGCAUUGUGCUCUUUGAGGGACAAAUUUUUGUGUUCAGGUAUCAAGGCAGGAAUUUAGAACUUGGUGAGAAUUUACUUGUAAAGGAGUCAGCUGGCAAAAUUCUGGUCCUGGCUGCAACAUGAAGGGAAUACAUUGUGGACCCUACGUGCCAAUCCAUUCAUUCCCCUUGCUUCUGAUUCUGCCAGCCUCUUUCUCUCACCUCAGAUGCCCUUGUCCCCCCCCCCUUUCACCACCUUCAGAUUUGGGGAUCACAAGGUGCUUUCUCUAUAAAAACUUCCUCUUGUGAAAUCUUUAACUGAUCCAGGUUAACGGAAAAUGGAACAGAAAGGUAACCAAAAAAACAACAAUGAAGCACUGAGCAAGGGCUUGUGAAUUCUAGCUUGGUAAUAAACCUCCUGUGUAGCUUAAAUCAUUCUCACCUUUCCAUUGCAUAUCUAAAAGUAGAUAACAUACUUUUCUGCAAGGGACUUGAGAGGUAAAUCUAAGCUUCACAACUGCUGUGCAGUGUACUGCAACAAAUGUAUCAUUGUUGGAAGAAGCAUUCCAAAAUGUGACUCAAUAAUCCGGCUUUCUGCUCCUUUUUCUACCCCCCAUCUGGCUGUUUGUUUCACGUUUCAAGACAGAUCUGUGUUUGUGAUCCUGCAGGCGCAACCUUACAAAACUGUCCCUGAUCUUCAGCCAUAUGCUAGCAGAACUGAAAGGCAUUUUCCCAAGUGGACUCUUCCAGGGAGACACAUUCCGGAUCACAAAGGCAGAUGCAGCAGAGUUCUGGAGAAAAGCUUUUGGGGAAAAGUAAGUACUCUUUCCAGUAUAAGUUUCUGCUUUGGCUCCAGCAAAUCUGUUGGCGAAUGUGGAGCAGCUGCAAAAAACACCUUUCUGUUGGUGUUGGCAUCUGUAAACAGCAUAGGAUGGAACUGCGAGGGGGAGCCCACACAGGAGGUUGCAUGGGAGUGGCUAUCAAUCCUUGCCUUCAGGGAUCUUUCUGCCAGAAACAGAUGGAACGACCUGAACUUCUCCUAACUCCCACUGUGGCCACCAUCCACUCACAGGGUCACUACCCGAGAGUUUGUUUCAGCCUUACUGUGUCAUUGGCAUGUUGGUCCUGGCUCUUAUGCAGUGCUGCAUUGAUGUUAGGGUGACUUUUAAUGGAACAGAAGACAAUGAUGAAUAGUCGCAAAAUAGGCCCAUCACUCAAAUGAUCCAGGCAUUGCAUCACUUCCUACUAGUUCUGUGAGACACAGUACCACUGGAUUAGUCUUUUUGUAUCUGCUUUAGGCAGAAUGGGAAUUAACAUGCCCCUUGGAUACAGGGAUGGAGACUGUCAUAACUCUAGAUGGUUGUCUGCAGAGAUUAAUUUAAGUGUCAUUGGAUGGGGGGGGAGGCGGGGCCACACAUUCAUUUCUAAUAGAUUGUCUGUUUAUGAAAUAUGCAUUGCCAGUCUCCUGAAAGGUACUUGGAAAGUGCUGGUUAGCAAGAUGCUCACUCAUAGAUUGGCUUCCCUCUUUCCUCCCCGCAGUUAACUUGCCACUAACUUAACAUCUGAAAGCCGCUAAUUAAACUGGUUUACAUGAGAGACCUUGUUUAGAGAGAGAUUGUGUCGCAUCUUUUUCUCUUGCAACUACACAAAUAUAAGUGCUUCAGUCGUCACUUCCAUCAGUUAACUGAACAGAUUCAAAAUUAGAAAUGAUGCUGUCCAUUUGUCCUUUAGCGUGAAUCAUUUCUCUUACGCAAAAUGUCUUGUUCUUGGCAUCCUGUUGUGUGCGUUUCACAUUCCUCCCUUCCGCUGUGGCUGUGAAUCUAUAUGCAUAUGGAGUUAGGGAGUUUCUGAGAUCUUCUUUUUCUCCCACUUCCAGGACCAUUGUUCCAUGGAAGACCUUCCGUCAGGCCUUACAUGAAGUGCAUCCUAUAAGUUCAGGGCUAGAGGCAAUGGCACUGAAAUCUACUAUUGAUUUGACAUGCAAUGAUUACAUUUCAGUGUUUGAAUUUGAUAUCUUUACCCGCCUCUUUCAGGUAAGUAAAACAAAAGGGAAUGGCUUUCUUAAACCCAGGUGAAGCUUCGCAAUUGACAAGCUUCCCUUGGUCUAUAGUAUGCUUAUGGUGUUGUUAUCUCUUGUGUUAGUGGUGAGCUAGAUCUGUUGACCUGCCGUCGCCAUUUCUGACUUCUGGAAAAAGGAGGAUCAUUUUUGGCACAGGGGGACUGUUCAUUGCAGCAACUUUGACAGGAAAGCUCCCUUGCAUCAGCUGACUUUGUUCUGUGUCAGUACAGAAGGUUGGGAUUCAUUGAGAAUUCAAAUCAUAGUUUAAUCACUCACUUCAUAUUAAGCUUCAUUAGCUUCCAGCUUCUGAUUGGAAUAUUAAGCAGCCCAUUCUGCAGGAUGGUUGAUCAGAUAACUGAGAGCAGGAUUGUAACAUUCAUCUUGCGGAAUCCUACAAAAUUGUGUGCCACAGUUUUAAAUCCACUGGAUGCUUACUUGGGAGUAAGUCCCAUUGAACAUAAGUUAUACCCAGCCAGAUGAGUGGUUAACAAUAGCAAUAACAAUAGUUAUUAUUUAAUAAACCUGGGUAAUCUGGCUGCCUGAGAAAUAGCAGAAGAGGCCUGGUCUGAUUGAGCAAAGUGUUUAUGUUUAUCUUGGGUUGGAAGUGGGGUGUGUGUGUGGAAUUGGACGACCGAUUUUCCUAUUGAAAUGGCAAAGCUGUUUUGUUGGCAUUCUUCUCCUUCAGCCAUGGUCAUCUUUGCUCAGGAACUGGAAUAGCCUUGCAGUGACUCACCCUGGUUACAUGGCAUUCCUGACGUAUGAUGAGGUCAAAGCACGGCUUCAGAAGUUCAUCCACAAACCCGGCAGGUGAGUUCUUGAAGGCAGCAUCCCUUUCUGAAGCCUCUUGUUAUCCUACUGUCUACUGCACACUGCACUCUUGUCAAAGGAAGUUUGACAUGACUCAAGGCCGCUGGAAGGCACUGUGGCAUUGCUGCCAGAGAUCUAAGCUUAAGGCAAGACAUAAAGGGUUUUAGCAUUAACCCAUUGGUCUCCCUAAACUUCAGCAGUAAAAAUAAUAGGGCUGCAGAGCAGGUUGUUUUAAAAGGUGUGGGGAAAGCUCUUCAUUUUUGAGAAAUAAGGACAGGGUUUAAGGUCUGUCACUGAUGGCGUGGGUAGUUUUACAAAUAACAGGUUGCGUGUGUGUGUGUGUGUGUGUGUGUGUGUGUGUGUGUGGAGUGCUCUCCACCUUGAGUAACAAAUCCCAAAGCUCAUUUAGGGCAGAGAUGUACCGCCAAGUCAUCACUUCUGUGUUGUGUAGUCCAAAGCAAAAUCCAGCGCUUGCAAGUCUCUUCAAGUCUCUACUCCACCUCUCUUGUCGGCAAGCCAGGGGUGGGUGAAGGAGUUGUGCAGGAAGUGUCUAACCUCCUGGAAGUCCGGAAAAAUAUCCCGAGCCCACGUGGUAGCUUUGGACCUGGCCAAGGGACUAGAACACACUGGCUGCAAGUCUUGACGUGCUCUUCAGGCCUAAAAUCCUGCAAAUAUAUCUCUUCCUGGGAAAGAGAUUAUUGCUUUACAUUGCCGAAGAGCUGCCUUCUAGGUAUUUCCUUCAGAAAUGGAAAGCUGCUAUAUAAUGUAAAACUAAUUUACUGCCUCUAGGAAGUCAGGAGCAUCCUUGCAAGUAAAAAGGCUCAAUUUCAUGUUGAAAGAGGAUUUGAAUCCUUUCUGUCUGGCUGUAGGGUUCUGCCUUUGAUCUGCAGGCGAAACUGUUUCAGCCGUUCCGUCUGAAAGAAAGAGCUCUGUCCAGCUAGCAAGUUUAUCCUGCCCUCAAGUCUGUGUGUUCCUUUUAUUUUCAGUUACAUUUUCCGUCUGAGCUGCACGCGGCUUGGCCAGUGGGCCAUUGGUUAUGUCACUGCAGAUGGAAAUAUUCUCCAGACAAUCCCCCACAACAAACCCCUUUUUCAAGCACUGAUCGAUGGUUUCAGGGAAGGCUUGUAAGUAACUCAUCAGUGUAGUUUGUCAUGACUCCUGCCCGUUUCUGUUAGUGUGUCUGUAGGAUGAUGCCCUUCAGAUGCAGGUUUUACCUCCUUGGCUCCUGCCCCUGGAAGGCAGAUGGAAACAGCUGCAUUCAUUAUGCUGGGACCUGGCAAAGGUGUAGUACUUUUGAAACGUCAAGCAGUGAUAACUCCAUUCUCUAUGAUUUUUUUAAGGCAUUUUCCCAUUCUGUUGACCAUGUAACUGCACAACCUUUAGGCUUAUACAUUCACAGUUUUCACAAACACAUGCUUAAUUCUCAGAUUUUGGAAUGGGCUCUGAAUUUGAGAUUAUUUUUGCAGUCCUAAAAUGUUUGUCAGUUUCGCCUUUCAGCUUUUAGGCUCUUCAGUUGGAUAUUGUGCUCAGAGCACAAAGAGCACAACUGUGAUGCAGUUGUGGCCUUGCCCAGUUGUUCGGCCAAGGUGUUGUGGCAAGAGUGACUAGGCGAGGAAGUUGAAGUUAAGAGCACAUGUCAUUUAUCAUCACCUUUGUUUUAGCACAUAUGGCAACCAGAAAACAAGCUUUUUAAAAAAGCAUUCUUCAUUUUAUAGGUGCUUGCCUUUAAGACAAUUAUUCAUCAAAAUCACCCCCCGCUGCCUAAAGCAUUAUAUUUCCCAACUGAGGGAGUUUCCUGAAUAGUGCCACAUUCAUCUGGUUGUACUGUAGACUUUUUAUUUCUAUUGAACCAAACAAUGUUCUGCUCUGUAGUUACUUAUAUCCUGAUGGACGGAAUCAGAAUCCUGACCUGACCGGUUUGUGUGAGCCCACACCCCAGGAUCACAUUAAAGUUACGCAGGUGAGCAGAGACUGCCACAACUUUAUUCCUUUCUUUCCUUACAUGUUGGCCAGCAGCAUUACAGUGUUCCUGUUGCAAACAAGCUUGGAAGACUUAUUUUUGGCCUUGUAAACAAAUUCAGAGCUCAGCUUUGGGAGGAAAGACCAUUAAAUCUCAAUUGGAUCCCAGGGCAGUCAGGAAUAUGGUUGAGAGUGGAGAGCUUGCAAUGUUAAUUUUUUUCUUCUUAUCCAAGGGCACCACUCUGGAAACCUUUGUACUUAAGGGGUGGGGUAGUAUAAUCGGGCCAAUUCCAUUUUGGUGACAUUUGACUGCCACCUCUUUGGAGGAGAAAAUAUGUGGCCAUAGGUGAGGCCUUUUUUUGUUUUGUUUUAAAGAGCAUGCCUUAAAUUUUUCAUUGCCAGCACUGGGAUUUUGAAAGUCAUCUAGGUGAUGCUCUUGGUUAUAGUAAAGAACACAAAUGUUACCACCUCGUACAUUUGGGUUAUCUGGCAGUUAUUACAAGGAGCGGCAUUAUUAAACCCUCUCACAUGUUUUUUCCCCUCUUGCUCUUAGGAACAGUAUGAAUUGUACUGUGAGAUGGGCUCCACCUUUCAACUCUGUAAAAUUUGUGCAGAAAAUGACAAGGAUGUGAAGAUAGAACCCUGUGGCCACCUCAUGUGCACUUCCUGCCUCACUUCCUGGCAGGUAAGGAAUUUGCUUCCUUUCAAAGCAGGCCUUGGCCCUCCGCAGCUUUCAUGCCAUGAUGACCUGCCUAUGCUUAUGUUGUGUACUGAUGAAGCAGAUACUGGCAAGUCUACAAAAGGUGUCUCUGUGGGGGUUGGGAGUUGUCUUUAGGCCAUGUGGUCUUCAAUGCAAAUAAGCAGUUAUGCACAGGAAGAGCCUGGUGGCUGGAUCAGGCCAAUGGCCUAUCUAGUUCACAUUCCUGUUCUUACCGUGGCCAACUAAGGUACCUAGAAGAAACCUGAAUGCCAGACCUGAGCACAACCACAUCACUCUCCCAGUUUGCAAUUCCCAGCAACUGGCAUUCAGAGCUGUACUGGGUUGUAGCCAACCCAGUUAAGUUAAUGGAUUAAGUUAGGCCCAUUAAUUUUAAAGCAUCUACUCUGAGGAGGACCAGCACUCCCAACAGUGGAAGUAGAACAUGGCCAUUGUGUUUAGUAACCACUGAUAGCCUUAUCUUCCAUGAAGUUGUCUAAUCCUCUUUGAAAACUAUCCACAUUGAUGGCCGUCCCUGCCUCUCACAGGAAUGAAUUUUAUCGUUCAACUUUGCACUGUACAAAGAGGUACUUUCUUUUGUCUCUCCCGAUGUUCAGUUUCCUUCAAUGUCUACAAGUUCUGUUCUAAAGAGAGAGAGAGAGAGUGAAACACUUUCCUUGACUCACUUUUUUAUGACAUUGACAAAGAAUAGUUCUAGCAGAAAUGCUGCAGUUGUGGGGCACCUUGAUUUUCCUUUUCUUUCCUCUAGCUGUCAUUAGUAUGUUCUUACUGACAAGGUUUCUUCUUACCAUGGGUACACCAUUAUCUGUAGGCUGCCUCGAGGCCUGUCAGAGAAAAAGGCAGGGUAUAAAUAAAUAUAACAACAACAACAAACUUACAGCUGAUCAUCUCUCCUUCUCUUUUUCUGCAGGAAUCAGAAGGCCAGGGUUGUCCGUUCUGCCGAUGUGAAAUUAAAGGCACAGAGCCCAUUGUCGUGGACCCGUUUGAUCCCAGAGGAGGGGGAGGGCUCCUGCGGCAAGGGGCCGAGGGGGCUCCCUCCCCAAACUAUGAUGACGAUGAUGAUGACAGGGCUGAUGAAUCACUCUUCCUGAUGAAGGAACUGGCUGGCGCAAAGGUAAUUUUAUUUUAUUUAGAUCCUUCUUGUCUUCAGCUCAAGGUGGUAUCGCAUGUAGCUCCCAUGAGGUCUCCUAUCUAGGCAUUGACUCACCCCAGACCUGCUUGCUUUCAGCAAGGUCGCAGCCGCCUCUGCCUUCAGAUCAUGCCCUGGGACCUGACUCCCUCCCAGUAUGAGCUGUGUGUGCUGAUCUUGCCUAACAUCUCACUUGUCCUUUUGGGUGGCUUAAGACUUCCUGGAUUCAAAUGCAAGUCAUAGAUCCAGUGGUGGUGCUCUGGUGAUGGUGUGAUUUCCUUAAUCCUCUGGAGCAGAUUUUGGAGGGGCAGGGGGUUGCAAGGGGGAGAAGGAAUCACCAAAUUUGCUUCCUUCCUCACUUUGUAGAAAGAAACAACUGAGUGAGAAACUUUGGCUACAAACCACUUCCAGGAGAUCUCUUUAACACACACACACACACACACACACACGUGGAUCUGCAACAAAAUGUUACGGUGUGGAGCUUUCCUGUUCAAGAUGCCUGCGUGCCAGCCAUGCCCAUUCUACUACACAGCAUUCCGUUCUGAUUGUCCCCUUUCAGCAGUUACUUGGAGCAUGCAUUGCACCCAGCGUGUUUUGGUCCUCAUGAGGCUGUUUUUUUCAUACCAUCAUAGAAUUGUGGAGUUGGAAGAGGCCUCACAAGUCGUCUAGUCCAACUGCCUGCAAUGGAGAAAUCAUAGCUAAAGAAUCCUUGCCAAAUGGCCAUCCAACCUCUGCUUAAAAACUUCCAAUGAAACAAGAGCCCAUUGCCUUCCGACGGAGACCAUCCCACAGUUGAACAGCUCUUACUGUCGGAAAGUUUUCCCAGAUGUUUGAUUGGAAUCUUCUUUCUUGUUAUUUGCAUCCAUUGGUUUGGUCCUGGCCUCUGGAACAGCAGAAAACAAGCUUGCUCCAUCCCUCAUGUGACAGCCCUUCAGAUAUUUGAAGAUAGCUUAUCAUAUCACCUCUCCAGUUUAAAUAUACCCAGCUCCUUCAAGCGUUCCUUAUAAGGCUUGGUUUGCAGACCCUUGAUCAUCUUGGUCACCCUCCUCUGCAUACCUUUCCGUUUGUCAGUAUCCUCCUUCAACUGUGGUGCCCAGAACUAGACGCAGUAUACUCCCGGUGGUAUCUGACUCAGGCACAAUAGAGUGAUAUCAGUACUUCCUUUGAUCUGGACACGAUACUUCUGUUGCAGUACAGAACAUUAGGGUUUUUUGGCUGCUGCAUCACAUGGUUGACUCACAUUAAGUUUGGGGUUACUGAGACCCCUAGAUCCUUUUCACAGGUACUGCUGCCGUCAGUUGUCCCCUAUCCUGCAUCUGGCUUUUCUGGCCUAAGUGUAGAGCCUUACAUUUGUCGCUGUUGAAAUUUGUUUUGUUAGUUUUGGCCCAGUUCUUCAAUCUGUUAAGGUAAUAUUGAAUCAAUCUUCUGAGGUAUUGGCUACCUCUCCCUCAAUUCUUUCACCCAAGUCUUUUAUAAAGGUGUUGAACAACAGAACCUUGCAGCACCCCACUUGCCCCAGUUUUCCAGAAUGGCAAGGAACCAUUAGUGAGCACUCUUUGGGUUUAGUCAGUCAACCUGCUACAAAUCCACCUAACAGUAACAUCAUCUAGCCCGCAUUUUACAAGCUUCUCUGCAAGAAUAUCAUGGGGGACUUUGAAAGCCUUGUACAUGAACUCAAGCUAUGUACAUCCACAGCAUUUCCCUGAUCCACCAAGCUUCUAACUCUCUCUGUCAGAAAAAAGAAAAAAAAGAAGAUUAAUAAGAUACAGUGGUACCUCAGAACUCGAACAUAAUCCGUUCCAGAAGACUGUUCAACUUCUGAAACGUUCAAGUUCUAAGGCACUGCUUCCGAUUGGCCGACAGCUAGGUUUUUGCACAGUGGAAGUCGCGUUGGAUGUCCAUGUUCCAAGGAACAUUCUAAAACCAGAGCACUUCUGGGUUUUCGGCGUUUGGGAGCCAAAAUGUUUGAGAACGGAGCCAUUCGAGUUCUGAGGUACCACUGUAAUAGGAAUAGUUUGUCUUCUUCCUUUUAGCAGCCUUUUGCAUUGCUCUGUUUUGUAAUUCCACGGUUCUCCCAAGCCCAGUGAUUCUCUCGCACAUGGAUCAAGCUGCUUUUGGCUGUAAAUGGAUCCAUACCUGGAGAAGGUGCUUCUUAACCUUGGCCUACCUUAAAGCAAUUUUAUAAUUGCAUAUAGACUUCUGGCAUUUGGUUUGACUUGUAUGUGAACCAUGUUGUUCCUUGUUUUGAGCACAUAUUCAUGGCAAGAGACCAUUUACACAAGUAUUUCCUAUUUCUGUGUCAGCUGGGCCUGUGCUCAUGAUGACAGAGCACGCCAUCUAGUGGCUAAAUAAAAAAAAAUAGCCAGGUUGAAAAUCCAGUGCCUGUUGUUUGGUUAUUUAAUUUCUAUACCACUUAAUAUAUUGAAAGCCUCUCUAAGCAGUGUACAGGAAACCGAAGCAACCACAGAUGAAUAAAAUAUUACAAAAAUGCACGGUUACAAAUAAAAAUGUUACGCUGAUGCAAUGUUACCAAUAUAUAAGAAUCUGCACAAAUUCAUUUUCCUUCUGAUACACCUCCCACUCAGCUUCCAGGUUCUCACCCAGGGUCCAAGCAAACUCUCAGCUCACCCCCCCAAAAAAAAAUCCCACAAUGAGAAGAGUUCCUGGAAACAGUGGACAUCACCCUUGCCUCUCAUUCUACAGUAGAUGUGCUUUUCAUGGGCAGCCCAAGGUGGGCAUGCAGUGUGGUGUGCAGACUUGUUGGUGACAAGUCUAUAUUCAGAGCAUGUUCCUUUAGAAAUGAAGUAUCAGGGCUGUGGAGAAAAUUUGGCGUAUCUCUAUAUGCCCAGCACUGUGUUCAAGGUAAAUUGCUAGCUCACAGCCUCAGGCAGUGGGAACUUUGUUAUUAACACACACACACACACACACACACACCCCAACACCUUUAACCAGGGCUUCCUUUGAAAUAUUUGCAGGUAGAACGCCCUCCUUCUCCAUUUUCAAUGGCUCCUCAGGCAUCGCUCCCCCCAGUACCUCCCCGAUUAGACCUUCUGCAGCAACGAGUGUCCAAUCCAUCAGGAGCUUCUAGUCCAGGGACCACCUGUAAGGUACAAUCUCCACCUGUCUUCUUUUGUAGUGGUGAAAGUAGGAAUGACACCUUCCUCUUUCCGAAUGGGGUAAUCUUCCUUUUAUCCGGGGAGAUCUGUGUGGAAGCUGUCUCGUGUGUUUCAUUAUUUUGCUAUCUGGACCAUCUCUUCCUUGGGUGCAAACCAGGGUACGCAUUGGCUUGCCAUCUUGACUGGUGUUUGACACUCCUGGCCACCGUACUGAUGGAUAUCGUGUUACUCAGCACAACCAUUUAGUGGUGCUUGCCCUCAGGACAUGCCUCAGUUUCUUGUUACCCUGCAGUUGCUACCGGGAUCAAGUUUUUGUGGGACACCAGGAUUCUGAUUGCAAGCUUAGACUUCACUUGCCAGCUUUUCCCAUCUUACUUACUGGUCUUUGUUUCUCCUAGGCUGCACCCGGCUCCCUCCACAAGGACAAACCUUUGCCGAUCCCUCCGACGCAUCGAGAUCUCCCCCCUCCGCCACCUCCGGACAGGCCGCAUUCCCUUGGGCCCGAGAGUCGGUCUCAGAGGCGGCCUCUGCCCUGCACUCCAGGAGAUUGUCCUACCAGGGACAAGUUACCCCCUGUGCCUUGUAACCGCCAGGGGGACCUCUGGUCGUUGCGGCCGAUUCCGAAAGCUCCAGCUGUAGCCCUAAGCCCCAACGAGCCUUGGGCGAGUCGGGAGUUGACGAACCGGCACUCGCUUCCAUUCUCGCUGCCUUCUCAGAUGGAUUCCAGAGCUGACACUCACAGGCUCGGGAGCACUCUCAGCCUGGACACCCCGGCAGUAAGUGCAUCUCAGGCCAGCGGCCGUGUUAGUUUUUCACACUCAUACGCCCUGCGUGGAAAAUUGCUGCUCUGUAUUAUUCAGACGCGGGUGGCGCUAUGGUCUAAACCACAGAGCCUAGGGCUUGCCGACUGGAAGGUCAGCAGUUCAAAUCCCUGCAAUGGGGUGAGCUCCCAUUGCUUGGUCCCUGCUCCUGCCCACCUAGCAGUUCAAAAGCACGUCAAAGUGCAAGUAGAUAAAUAGGUACUGCUCCAGUGGGAAGGUAAACGGCGUUUCCGUGCACUGCUCUGGUUCACCAGAAGUGGCUUUGUCAUGCUGGCCACAUGACCCGGAAGCUGUCUGCGGACAAACACCGGCUCCCUCGGCCUAUAGAGUGAGAUGAGCGCACAACCCCAGAGUCGUCCGCGACUGGACCUAAUGGUCAGGGUUUCCUUUACCUUUCUUAUUCAUUAAGUGUUAGAUCAAAGAUUUUGGAGGAGGAAAUCCAGCUCCUUCCGGCUGACCCUGACCUAGUGAGAUCUCACAGAACAAUGUUUGCCUGUGAGUUGGUUCAUAAACUUAGCUGGAACUCCUCUGGAGGGUGUGGGGGGGUGAAUCAGUAUCAGUUUUAUGCCUUCCCCAGCAUGUGUGCAGCAUAACCAGCAGAGAUGUAGGCUGUAGACACUGACAUCUCUGGCAGUUGCACUUGAGUUCUUGGAGUGGGCUAGGAAGCAGUGUGCAGAAUACUUGUCCACUGAAACUACAGGUACACACACACCCAACAAUGACUACUUGGAGCACUACGCAAGAAUAAUAUUUUAGCCACUAAGCCAACUGUUUCUGGUUUGUCCAGAACAUCCCUACUGGACUCAGGGAACUGUUUUUUAUAAUCUCACUGAACCAGCUUCCUAACACUGUAUGCUUUACCCAUAAUAGCAAGCAGCCCAUAAUAGCAAGCAAGGAAAAAAAGCUUGGGUUUUUUUUUUACCCCUUGCCCUGCUUGCUUGGUCAUAUUUUUUUUCCAAGCAAGUUUCCAGACAGUAGCUGUUUCGAAAUUGCAAAGCAAGUCUUUCUGACAUACGGCCCUUUAGAUUGGGUAACAAGCAACCCCUAGGAAUUCCUUCUCACCGUGAAAAGGUAAACGUGGGCUGCGUGGGGAUGUCUCCCUUUUCUUUCAGACCAUCUGCCAGUGCUGGUAUUUGAUUUGUCUUGCAGAAUCAACCUGGCGGGGUCCCAACUGGCUCAGACAGUGAACAUUCUAAAAUAAAACCUUCUUCUUCUGCCAACGCCAUCUACUCUCUUGCUGUAAGGUAUGCUCUGGAGCGGGGGCUUCGCCGACAGAAAUUUCCUUGAAUUGCAGCCAGUGUACAAUUGAUGUAUACCAAGAGUCAUCAGUGGGUGCAUUUCUGAGAUGGAUUACUGUACAGUCAUACCUCGUCUUGCGUCCGCUUCAUGUUGUGUCUUUUCGCGUUACGUCCCGCAGCAACCCAGAAGUACUGGAACAGGUUACUUCCGGGUUUCGCCGCUCAUGCAUGUGCAGAAGCGCCAAAUCAGACACAGCGCUUCAAGUUGCGGGCAUUUCGCGUUACGGACGGGCUUCUGGAAUGGAUCCCGUCCGUAACACGAGGUACCACUGUAUUGUAUUUGAAUGCAGACCUCCCGCCUUGUUAGUUUCAGCAUGUGGAUUCUCUUGCAUUUGUCACUUAUCGUGCUCCCUAGAGGGGUAGGGGGUGGAAAUAUAAAAUAAAUAAAAUAAAGUGCAGGAACUAUAGAGUAGAUCAGAUAUUUUACAUUAAUCUGGCUGAAUUGGAGGUUUUAAAGUUUUUUUAAUGUUACUCUGUUUAUGUUUUUGAGUUAUUUCAGUCCGGAAAAUCAGUCAAAAUGUCCUGAGGACUCCCAGAGUUGUAAAUUUAUAAAUCCGUCUGGAGAGUAGAUAGAGCAUCGCAACCCUAAAAGGGUGUAAGAAAUCAGCUUAUUGAAACUGACCCUCCUUCCGCGUUUACCCACGAGGCUCUGAGGCCUCUGCUACCUGACAGAUGGCACACCUUGAACCGCCCUGUGUGACACACAACACAGCACAGUGUUGCAUUCCUAGAAUCUGAUUUUUGAGCUGGAAGCCCCUUGUUUGACACUUUGUUCUCAGAGAGCCGAUUGCUGCUAUUUUGUCCUCGUUAGAUGUCACUGUUGACUGUGAACCUUCUCGCUCUCUCCUCUAGACCGUUGCUUGUGCCAAAGCUACCGCCUGGAGAGCACUCGGAGAAUGAUGAAGACACAGAGUACAUGUCACCCUCGUCCUUGCCUCUUGUGCCCCCUGGCUCUGCUGUACAAAAACCAGAGGCCAAAUUGCCCUUGGAAAUGAGUCAAAGCUCACGGUGAGGCGGCCCAUUCAGGGCAGUAUAAGGGCUCCUCCACAAUGGCUGGAUUAUUUACUUGCUUGCCAUUGGGUUUAUUUAUUUUCCCAUUUCUAGAUUCCAAAGGCUCUGAGUAAGUUGUGAUACUUAAAAGCAACUACUGAUAAAUUACGGAUUUAUAUCAAUACUCCAUUUGAGUCCCACCUUGAAAGUUUUGGCAUAGCCUUUGAAAGACAGCCCAUCACCCAAAAAAUUCUUCGUUAUGUCCCUUGAUUUAUGUAGUAUUGCCACCUGCAGCUGACUUGCUUUGCAUCUGGGUGUGGAUUCCUUUUGAAUGUGCCCAAACAGCUGCUGCAGUGUGAGAUUCAUAAAAUAUUUUGAGGCAGCUGUCAGCUCCUCCUCAUAAGGAUGCAUCCUUCGUUUGCCUUGCUUAAAAAUCUUGAGAUGCUUUUGGGAAGUUAUAAAUACAAAAGGAUAUUAAAGAUGUAUUAUGCUAAAAAAAAAGAAAAAGCUCUGACUUAGUUUUGUAUGGCAAAUGUUUGAAAUUCAGUUUUGAAUACGACCAAAACAGAGACUUGCCCUGCUAGGGUGAUCUAGAUCCUUUGGGAUGGGGGGAACCUCUGGUCCUCCAGAAGGACAGGACUCCCAACUAUCAAGAGUGAUGGGAAUUGUUAUUCAGCAACAACUGGCAGUCCACAGGUUCUGAAGCUUAUUCUGGUGUGGCAAAUGCUUGCUCUCCUCACCUCAUUUUGUCACUUACUUUUUUAAAGGGUGUGUUGCAUUUGUAUCUAAUGUACAGUCGUACCUUGGAUCCCGAACGCCUUGCGAGUUGAACGUUUUGGCUCCCAAACGCCGCAGACCUGGAAGUGAGUGUUCUGGUUUGCGAACGUUCUUCGGAACCCAAACGUCCGAUGCAGCUUCCGAUUGGCUGCAAGAGCUUCCUGUAGCCAAUCGGAAGCCACGCCUUGGUUUCCAAAUGUUUUGGAAGUUGAACGGACUUCCGGAACGGAUUCCGUUGACUUCCGAGGUACCACUGUAUUGAUUUUCCAUUUCCCAAAAACAACUCAACACGAUACACAAAGUUUCUGUGUAGUAGUAGAAAAAUACAGAAUGGGGCCUUGGUGUAGAAAUGUAUUUGAAAAUAUGGUGGUGAGUGAUGCUUCAAGGUUUGCGCAAUGUGGGGGACAAAUGGAGCACAGUUUUGCUAGGUGGCUGGCAGUAUGUAGCCCAGAUAUGUUCUGGGUGCUGAUGGCCCCGUCCUCCUGCAGGAUCCAGCCGAGUUCCUGAAGCCAAUGCCCUUUCUUUUUCUUCUUCUCUGCUCAGAAUGUUGGACUGUGACCAGGAAAUGGACGGGUGCACCUAUGAAGCAAUGUUCAACAUCCACUCCCAGGCAGCUACUUCUGGCUCUGAGGCUACCAAUAUUCCUGGUAAGUUCCCAGAGGAGAAACAUCAUGAUUCAACCAGGAGAAAUACCACAGACGAGUCCUCUCACUUUCACAGAUUGGAUUUUUGUUUUACGUAAGGAAAUCAGGGUGUCAGUAAAAGAGAGCCUAAUAUAAAAUAAAAAAGGUGGAUGGUGUUUCGCAGCCUGUGGCAUUGGGACAAGUUUUGCUUCCCUUCUGUUCGUUGCACUUUCUGAUGUUUGUACAACAUCCUGUUUUGGGUUUUGGCUGUGGAGUGUCUCCCUUUGAAACGUUUCCACUCAGACGAGGUCUGCCGGAACUGGGGCUGGAGCCAAAGGUGUCUUCCUUGUUUUGUAGUUUCUUGCUUCUUCUUUUAAGAUGGAGGGGAAGUAGCAGCUGCCAAUGCCAGCAACGGCCCCGAGGAGUCAGAGAACGAGGAAGAUGGUUAUGACGUGCCCAGGCCAGCCCUCCCAUUGACUCUGGCUCGCCGCACCCUCUCAGAUAUCUCCAAUGCAACCUCUGCCUUCAGCCGGACCUCUCUGGAUGGAGAAAUCUUAUCAGGUUCGUUGGUUUCAUAUAGUGUUUCUGUGCUGCUCAACAACAAAAGUUCUUUGGGUGUUUUAAAGCAUCAAUCAAAUAAUAAAGUAUAAAUUUGAGACCACAAUACAAAAAGAAAGCAUAAAGGUUUAGAAUCAAUACAGGCAACUUCCAUUUACGCAUGUUCAAGGCACACACACACACGCAUCGCCAUGAACCCGGAAGUGGCACAAAAAGGGGCAGAAAUGGUGUCUAGCAGUCCCACAAACUUUUGCACCAACCUUUGAGGCCUGUGAGGCAUUGGAGUUUGAGCAAGGAGGUUUGGAGGAAGCAUGUGUGGUAGAAUUUGGUGGAUGUUUGGUGGUGGUUGUUUAUUAUUAUUAUUUAUUUUAUAUUGAUUGAUUGAAUUUAUAUACCGCCCUCUACCCUGAGGUCUCAGGGGGGUUUUUUCCAAGGGUUUUUCAAGGACUUACAGAGGCAUUUGCAGGCUUUUUCAAUAGUGUUCCCAGUACGUGUGACUUCACUUAAAUGCAUGGUGCCUUGGAACGUAACUCGCGCGUAAAUGGGGAGCUUUCUAUAUAAGCAGUGGAAGAUUUUUAACUACAUUUUUUAAAAUGCAAAAAACCUCCCCCCACUCAAGACUUAACGAGAUUAAUAAUAAUAAUAAUAAUAAUAAUAAUAAUGUUUUAUAUUCAUUUAUACCCUGCCCAUCUGGCUGGGUUUCCCCAGCCACAGAUAGGCGCCAGGUAAGCCUUUGUGCAGAAAGCAUUCCACCAGCAGGCUGGCAUCAGGGCACCCUUUCCAUUUUGCUGCAUGGUAGGUCUUACAGGCCAGCCCUGUACUCCCCUCUUGCGCAAUUCCAUGGCUCGUGCACAGUGUCGGGCAGGAGCAUCUGCUGUGGUUGACAAGCUGCUCUCCACCUGUUGCCAAGGGGAUCUUUUGCACUAGAUUUUGAUGCUGCAAACCCACCGGUCCCACAUCCCAACUUGUGAGAGAGCUGAUCCGUAGCCCUUUGUGCUCUGGAGUGAGCUCCGAGAGAGACUUGCGCAUGCUUUUCCUCUCUUUGUUUGUAAGAGAGGCUGGGAACUUGGCAGGCAAUGCGGUUUUGAGGCGUUCCUUUUUCUUGCACUUUCUCAAGCACUUCUCAGAAUGCCUGCAGCACGAAGGCUACUUCUGCUUAACAUCAACACACCAGAUAUGACGCAACCUAAACCACAAAGUUUGCCAUUUCUCAACCUCCCCGGGGUGAUAAGAGAGGAUUAAUAGUUCAUUUCAGCUGUUGAGGAUAACUAUUGCGUUGAUGCAAGUAGCACCAAAUUUAAUUGAGUUUCGAUUCCAGGUAAAAUAUGUGGCUGUUCCUCUAAGCAAUUGACUAAAGUGGUGUAUCUCGCCUUGGCUGAUGAAGUUAGCGUUUUGCAUGUUUUCACUCUUUAGGUUGUGUGUAAAUAAAAUAGUGCUUUAUUGUGUAUUAAUGCUCCUGAACAAGGGAGACCAGGUUAUAAAUAAACGAAUUGGCUAGCUGGGUGUUCAAGCUGCUGAAUAUCUGAAAUCUGUGAAUCUUUCUGCAUACAAGGUUGCAAUUAUAUUCAGGUUAACCAUAGGAUUUAAUGGUGAAGAGUUAGGUCUUGUGAAAGAGAAGGAUUUCGGCUGCAGAUUCCCAGAUGUUCAAAGAGCAUGAAGCUGAGGCUGUGUGACCUUUAAGAAGUACCUGUCCUCCUGCCCCUGCCCCCCCGCUCCCCAAAUCAUAUGCUUCUUUCUCUUCCAGGUUUGUCUGAUGGCUCCCAGGUCCCAGAGCGGCCUCCGAAGCCCUUGCCCCGGAGGAUAAACUCUGAACGCAAAGCAGGCAGCUGCCUGCAAGCUGGUGGAGCAGGGCCGGCCCCUGCUCCCUCCCCGCAGCUCUCCAGCGAGAUUGAGAACCUCAUGAGCCAAGGCUACUCAUAUCAGGACAUCCAGAAAGCCCUCGUCAUUGCCCAUAACAAUAUCGACAUGGCCAAAAAUAUUCUGCGGGAGUUUGUCUCUGUCUCCUCCCCCGCUCACCUAGCCACAUAGCACACAUCCCCUUGGCCCUGCCUGGGACACCCCUGCGCAUCCAACCUGCCUGGGCAGUCUCCUGCCCAGCUUCUACCUAGAGGAGGCAACGGGCUCCGCGAGAGACUUCCUGCGAAGGCAGGCUUGCCUCGACAGAGAGUAAUCGGUCAUCAGGGUUUCAUGCGAUUCCAGGUUUCCAAGCAAACAGAACGAAACGGAGCAGAUAGGUGCGUCCUCUCCAGUCUGUGUGUUUUUUGGAGUCCCUCCCCUCUUGGCCCCUCCCUCCCGCACGUCCUCGUUGGAGGGGGCGGUUGUGUCGCUUUGGAAAGACCUCUUGGUUCCUGUGCUGGUGGACAAGGGGGCGGGAGCGGAAGGGCGUUUGCCGGGGUGUCUUGUGUCGUGCUGUGAAUUAAAAGGGGAUGCCAGUCUGUCGAAUGGCGUCUCCACCUUUCUUGUGGCGUGCCCUCCUGUGGUUCAGGGUACUGAAUCGGGGCCUCUUUGCUGCUGUAUGUUUUGGCUCAGGCUUUUUAGACCACCUGUUACCGGGUACAGAUUCUCGACUAAGGAAGUGGUUUUGGUAGCUUCCUUCUGCUACAACACCCUCCCUCUCUCCCCCCACAACUCCCCCAAAUGUUCUCCUUGUUCCCUUUCUACAUCUCCAGUCAUUUCUGGCGGCUCCUCGGUCCGAGUCAGGCUUCUCCUGUUGCCAGCAUUAACCUGACGCACACUGGAUUUUAAGGCAUUGGAGAUGCAAGACUUCUUGCCUGCGCUCGGGCUGGUGCGAUGAUUGGAUGUAGCUGUGCGCCCCCCAGCUCCAAGCAUUCUGUGCUGUCCUGCUUUUACGUAAUCGAGGCUGUUGAGGACUGGAGCAGCUGCCCUUUAACACACCCAGAGCUGCUGCUUGGUCAACGUGGCAUGUCAUCUUUGUAGCAUCUACAAGUCCCGUGGCCAUGGAUCCAUUAUUUCCUUUCACUUCCUGUGGAUGAGAGUUAACUGUGCUGGAUUACUUAUGCAUUGAUGUGGGCAGCUGCAUCCAGCAUCUGUGGAAAUCAUUUUUGACCAGCUCAGCAGUCAAAAUGCAACAACUCCCUGCAGGGCUUUUGUGAAAGGGGAUGAUUUCUCCCCCUGCCUCCUUCGCUCUGCUUGUUGCAUUUUUCUUUUUAAAGUUCAGGUUCUUUUGACAGACAAGUCAAAAGAAACCGUUAACGGGAGGGGAGGAAAAGAAGAGUGUGGCUUCUGAAUGUUGCCCUUGUUUGGGCAGGCUAAUGGAGGUUUAGAAAGAUGAAUUUGGACCUUGAUGGCCACCGUCUGGCUGAUGGACAGCAGGCAACCUGAAUUUAGAGGACGCCUUCCCUCUUCCAUCCUCUUCCUCAAGCCUUCACUACAGUCUCCCAAUUACAGCAUUAGUCAUGUGAAAAUUUAUAUCUCAAAGCAAGUUGCAUGUUUGGUUUCCCCUGCAGUUGCCCUGUUUAAAUAGGCCUGGUUCCUCUGCCCCAGAUAAGGAUACUAAGACUUUCCCCCCAGAAGAGGGGGGGGGCAUAGAAAGAGGCUGCUUAUCUUGUGUUUCUCUCUAAAUGGGCAGCCUUGCUUGUCCACGAGCGCUUGGAUCCCUGGGGAAUAACUGCAGAGGAUGUCAGAGAUGGCACCUGGUUGUGCAGGUACCGUGGAUGCACCUAGCUGACACUUUGUUGUCAGCAGUGCUGUUUGAAUGACACACUAUGAAGAUUUGAAGACUGGCAGGAGUUUGCUGUUGCCUGCAGUGGUCCAAAAGCAGAAUUGUUGACCUGGCAGCUGUGGCCCUUCUCUUGCUGCCCAGAGAAAGAGUUGUCAGUUGCCAACACCUCACAGAGGCUUCAGAAGCCCCCUCCAUACAUGGGACGGGCAGUGGCAAUGUCGGCCUGAUCUUGCUGCUUUCAUGUGAAACACUGUGAAGAUGAUUACCUAGGAGGUCUCGGCUAGAGUGCAUUUUGAAUAACUUGAUAGCAUUUAGGAGCAGGUGAGCAGAGGGUCUUUGCAACAACUGCAGAGUAUAGAGUUGUGGCCAAGCAGUUUAGGAACCAAGGGGGCUGUGCAAUUUCAGAGUGUGAAAUGUUGGAGCAACCACUGGACGCUCCUCUUGGAUAUUUCUUCCCACAUCCGGGCCACGAACUCCACAUCAGUUUUGGAGACUAGUUUGGUGAGGACUAGCUCUUUGCAAAGCUGAUUUCCUAGUCCGCUGGCGAAGCUGUUGGCAUAGCACUGGAAACUUGGUUGCAGUCAGCCUUAAUCUCCCCCUUUGUGCAAAGCGGCAGCACCAACUUGCCUUUGCAGAUGGGCCUCUGCAGAUGCUCUCCACGCCCUGAGCAGGGCCAUCCUCGUUUUGGGACGCCUUCUGCCUGACAGGAACACUCCACAUACUAUAGCUGACUGGACUUUACUGCAUGUCUCCUUUUUGUCCACUUCUUGUGUCUUACAUUUACAUGAGAACUUUUAAAGUGGCUCUUUCUCCUCGAACCACAUGAAUGUCUUUGUUUGCAAGCACAAGGGAGGCAGAGCGAAAAACGCUUCCCGGGGUGUGUUCCCUGCUGCUUUUAAAAUUUUUACCUUAUUAUGUUUCCCCCGUGUCUCUUAAUCUUUAAAAAAAGAAAAAAAGGUUGACUUAUUUUACUUAAAGCCAAAUGUAUAGUGCCUUUUGAUGGGGGAAAUGCUCUAUCUCCAAUCUUGCAUCUGAAGAAGAGACAGAUUUAAAACUUGACCAGGGAAAUCCAUGGAGCUGCUCCUUGGAAGGAGAAAGCUGUCGCCCCAAAGCUAACAUAGUGGUGUGUUUGUUUUUGUGUGUGUGUUGUUCAGCCUGAACAGGUUUUCUCUACCUUAGUCCUUUGUGUUGGGGAGUUGUUCGUAUUGCUGGCUGCCCUAAGCUUGAAGGCAGUAAAAGCGCAACUCCAACGCAGGAUUUUGACACAACCAGUGUGGGUCACCCAAAAUAUCCCAGUUUGUCGCCCCCCCGUCCCUUUUCUUUUUAAAAACAAAUGAGGCUUAAGACUGGAAGCAAAAUAUAGCUGCACCUCCAGGCACAUGUGCCAAGUUUCCUGUCAACUUCUGAACCUCUCUGUGUGGGGGGAUGGAGCGCAAUCUUCUGGGAUCGUCUGUUGAGGCUCCAGUCAAUUCCCCCACAUAGUUUUGCAAGGAGUUUCCUGUGGAUUUUGCCCUGAAGUAUUAAAUGUCCAGUGCCUGUUCAAUUUGCAGCGUCCGUUUUGCAAAUGCUGCCUCCCCCAUCUUAGAGCUGCAUAUGCAUUUGGGGUAUGGGUGUGCGGCUUUACGAAUGUCACUUCUAGUAGCCAAUUUUGGAGCAGUGCAACUUGCCAUCGGCGGCCCUGUUAGCUCACUGAUGUACAACCGCUGCUCUCGUGACUAAAACUGCAAGGCGGGGGGUAGGGGGGCUAGGAAAGCUGAAAUGCUUAAUGGAUAAAUUACCUUUGAGUGGGAGAGAGAGGUUAUUAGUAGCUUUAUUUCUCCUGAAGGUUGAGAACCAAUUUUAAUAUCAGUGUUAAAAAAUAAAUGAAUUCAGAUUUUCACUGACUAUUUUAAAAGUUAUAAUAAUGUCAUUAAUAUAAAAAAUAUAUUAGCAGUAUUUAAUCCUUUCAGACCUGUAAAGAAUAAGAACAGAAGGUAAAUAUUCUUACAGAGUAGCUGAGCUUUAAGGUUCAUUUGGUCUAAAGUCCUCAUUUUGUUCUGCAAAAUGCAUUGUUAAUGUUUUUAGAGGUUAUACUAAUGUUAUUUAUUUUUUAUUUUUCAUUCUUGUAAGCUGCCCACGAAAGAGCUUGUGGAGGAUUUAGGGUAUUUCAUGUGUGUCAGUAAAAUAAAAAAACAAAGUUUUAUUUUUAAAUAAAUUUCUUUGUUGUAGCAUA